AUGGACUCCAAGGAGAAGUGUCAGGUAGGUUUUUUGGUCAUGUUGUAGCUACUGUAGUUCUAGAUGAAUCUCUCGAUUGAAUUUGCUUCCGGUUGACUUUAGUUGGAAGAUGAUGAGUGGUCAGGUGUUCUUAAUGUCAGAAUGGCUUUCAUUAGUGAGAAUCUGGAAAUCCAGAUUCAUAUUUACAGUGGUGCCUCGGGUUACAGACACUUCAGGUUACAGACUCCGCUAACCCAGAAAUAGUACUUCGGGUUAAGAACUUUGCUUCAGGGUGAGAACAAAAGUUGUGUGGCGGCAGCAGCAGGAGGCCCCAUUAGCUAAAGUGGUACCUCAGGUUAAGAACAGUUUCAGGUUAAGAGUGGACAUCCAGAACGAAUUAAGUACUUAACCCGAGGUACCACUGUACUCUGUGUGUGUUUUUCUACUACUUCCCCUUUACAACUGUGGAGGUUACUUCCGAGUAAUCAUAAGCAUAUAUAACAUAGUUUACAUACUGUUCUCCUGGACAAGAUGAAUGCCAACGGUUACUGCUGUGGGAUAUGUUGAACUUCUUGAGAGAUAUAGCUUGUGAACUUGAAUGUAAGCUGUUUUCUGGCAGUGAUAGUUGGUUAACAAAGAUCUUGCUUUACUAUUAUUAAGGAUGAUCAUUGUAUGAUUGUGUUGCCACACCGUGAAACUUACAAAACCAUGAGAUUAGCUUUGAAAUUAACUUUGGAAAGCUGCUUUUGAGCCUUCUUUUUACUUUUCAAGAUUUUAUCCACAGCCAUCAGCGCUGGAAAUGCUUUUUCUCAUUUAUUGUUUUUAGCGAUAGACUACAAAUAUAGGACACCAGAAAAUGAAAGUUCCCAUAGGUCCAUGGCACCGAACUUUAUAUGAUCAUAGGCUCUAGUUUGCUCACUUUCUGUGAUUUUAACAGUUUUUCAUGGCUACAGUUGUUGCAGAAAUGAUGCCAAUUGUAUGUGACCAGCCACUUGUUAACUUGCUUCUUCCUCCAUAUGAAUGGGGGCAAGUGUGAUCCCUUGAAAACAUCAAUGUCCACUAAAUUCCCACUUCUCAGUGAUGGAGGAAUACAGUGACUAAAAGUGGGGGAAAGCAGAAAAAAACAGGAGAGAGAAAUGCUAGAGGAACUGAUGUGUGAAUCUAUUCAAAGUAAAACAUUUUAUUUCACAAACCUACUUCUGGAUUUAUUGCUUCAGAAGAGAGCCAAUGAAACCAAAUCCCAAGACAGACUGCCUUUUGUUGGUAGAAAGGGACUUUUGAUGUCAGGUGGAGUCUUGUUUUGGCUGUGCAUUUAGGAAUUAAGUAUUACUGUUUACGCUUUCUCCAUGGUUUCCUAACCUGCAUCUUUCCAGAGAGAUUGUUUUAUAUGGAAUGCUGGUAGGAUGGCAUUCCUUAUGCUUUGGUAUUCCUUAUGCUUUGUUCAAUGUGAUCCAAUCUGACCCAAGCAUGUGUAUUUAAGGACAGUUCAUCUUGUUCAUACGGGUUGUGUGGAAUAGGGGUCCUCAACCUUUUUGAGCAUAGACAAAAAAAGGAGGCAACACACCUUCCCCUAAACAGGAAACACCCCUGGAAAAAGUCUCUUUAAAACAAACAAACAAGCAAAUUAGGACAGGUUUGAUGUCUGAGGGUGCCCAUAGUUCCUAUGGAUUCCCCCUUGGGGACCGUGGUAGAGGAGCACAAUUUCUAGAUCUACCUCUGCAAGUGCCAGACUGAAUAAUGUGUUAGCAAUGUGAAAGGGUAGCAUCCUUUUAUUAGCUGAAUAUGCUCAAUCUAGCUUUGUCCUUGGUAUCUUGAGGCUGGUGCAUAUCCUAAUCUGAACAGGCAUAGCUUAUCCCUGGGUGUUGUAUCUGCUACCUAUUACCAGAUGAUGUGGGAACAAUUCAACUAUUGGAGUGUCUUAAUGACCAAUGGCAUGCGGUUGUUGUUGUUUUAAAGUGAGAAGUUGUUUUGCAAUUGCAAUAGUUGUGUGGCAAGGACAGGCUAUUUGGUAGGGGCAAUAGGAAAAUGUUUGGGGUGAGGAAUGCCCAUUACAGCCUUGGCGUUCACUUCUCUCAUGGGUGUGUUUUGUGAUCUCAUUGUGCUGUGUUGUGAGAUGUUUUUUGUGUGUGCAUUAAAAGAGGAUGUGGCUACAACUGUUGGGGUAUCACUGCCCUUUUCUUUGGAAAUCCAGCCCUCAUCGUGCAACAUGUGCUGGCUUGCGCUUAAAAAAGUGAGCAGCCUGGGAACAGGAAGGAAAAAUCACAAGGACAGUAAUAAACUAUGAAGGUUGGAGGAUUAGAGGGAACUCCAAGACACAGACUUGCUGACCAGCAGGAGCCUUGCCCAAUACUCUGCUCCAUCCCAGCUACUUCAGUCAGAGCCUUCCUUAAUCACAUGCCCUCCAGAUGUUUUAGUGUUCUUCAGAUACUGUUGGACUCCAACAACCAUCAUCCCUGACCAUUGGCCAUUCUGUUUGGAACUGAUAGGAGUUGUAGUCUGUAGGAAGAGACCAGGUUGGGGAAUACUGUACAAUAAGUCCCAUAACAAUGUGGGGUAGAGAAAGAGAGAGAGAGAGAGAGAAUCUUGAGAUUCUUACUUUGCAGAUGGAUAAAUAAAUAUGUUGUUUGGCCACACAUUCUUUGAUUCAUUUACAUCUAAAGUGUGGCAAAAGCCUUCUUGCCAGUUGGCAGGUCAGUCCGGAUGAUCAAGCUACCUGAGUCAAAGAUUUUGCCCUGGGAUAUUUGGACAUUUGCAUGGGAUCAAAAACUGCACCAAAUGAUGUGCUCUGUAUUGUGUUAAUGGGUAUGUGCAUUACAUAUAGCUGUUACUUUGAGAUAAUGAGGGAUGGAGGAAUUCCAGUAGUGUACUUUCUCUGUCUGGUUAGGGGCAAAUCUGCAUAUCUGUCCUGGCUCUCACUGAAUGAAGAACUCGAACUUCUGCUCAAAUCUUUAAUGCCCAGGUCAGUAGAUAUAUAGACAAAAACAGGGUCAAAGGCACAGCAGAUACAUGGCUAAGGCAUUGAUCCAACAAAACAACACACCCUCUCAGUUCCUGUUAUGUGGAAAUGGGGUGGCAUGGCAAGUGGGCAAGCAAAUGCAAACUUCUGGAGGCUGAACCUGAGUUGUCUGUUCUUGGCUAUGUUGGCACCUCCAUGACCUAGGUGAUGGUGAAGGGGACAGCUGCUGCUCCAAACUGAACUAAGUGUCUGAGUCCUCCUGGGAGGUUGGACUAAAGGUGGGCUCCAGCAGUGCUUGGCGGGGUGUGUAUGUUCCCAGAUCAGCGGUGAAAAAAAGCACAGAAGCAUGGGGUGGGUGGAUACAAGGUGCCUGGGUGACGAAGAAGGGAGUAAAGCAGAGUGCUGACAGAUUACACCACUGAGACCUUCCCCAGGAUCUGACUCCUCAUUUGUAACUCUGUCCCCCUCUUGAGGUCCUGGCACAGCCCCUCCAUACCCACUGGGCCCUGCCCCAAGGUCAUCAACCGACUGAUCCUCUGACUUUUCUUCCUCCAAUCCUGAUCCAAUCAGCCCCUCCAUGAUGUCUCUUUAGGACUCAGGACAAUUUCUCCUCUUGAAUUUUGUACAUUUUCUGCCCUUCUAACCCAACGAUAGUGUAUGCUGCAUCUCAAUAAACCUAACGAAGCUUGCUAAUAAUGGCUCAGUGACCCAUUUUGGUAUUGAUCAGUGUGAGAUAUACAGCAAUUACCGUACCUUGUAGAAAUGCUUUCAUGACCUCAGACAGUGGUGGCAUUUUCUUGGAACAACUGCAACGUAAAACCUUUUUGUGCAAUAUGGGGCAUGUCUGUUUAGGAACCAAGCAUGUAUUUCUAUGAAGAGAGUGAAGAAAUCUUACUUCUCUGCCAUCGUUACUUCCUCAUAGUUUGGGGAUAUCUCUGGAUCCAGCAUUGUUACGGGAGACUCAGGUGGCUUUUUUCACUUACAGCCGGUUUUCCAGCUACAGCCCCUUUUAAGCAGAGAUGACUCUGCUGUAGUACUCAAUGCUCUGGCAAGACUGAAUUAUUACAGUGCGCUGCCUGGGACUGCCUUUGAAGAUAACGCAAACUUCAGCAGGUUUCAAAUGCAGCAGCCAAAUUAUUGGCUACAGUUCAGUUUAGAACUCACAUAAUCUCGGUCUUAAAAAAAUUGCACUGGUUGGCAGUUCAUUUCUACCCUGAGAUGGUGCAUUUUUAUGUUUUUUUACUGAGUGCACAGGAUGAUUCACUACUGACUAUGUGUCUCACCUGAUGUAACUUAAAAACAUCAAAGUGCAUUUUUUAGAGGUACUGGCCAAGUUGGCAGAAAAAAUAUGGUGCAGGAAGUAUUGUGGGGCUGGAGAAACCCAAUCUGCACAGCUGCAUUGUCAGAGAACUUGAGACUCUGAAAGAUAAGGGGUUUAUUGUCAAGUCUCUGCCAUCCACACAGUUCCACUGCCAAUAGCGGCUGAGAAUAACCGUUGCUCAGAUGUGGUGCAGCUUGGCAUCCAGUCCUGGCCAAGAACCAGGUAUUGCAGAACAAGAGAGCAAAUAUCCUAAGAGGUCAUCCAGAAAUCUUUGAAAUUCAAUUUAACAGGCAAGUUAUCUGUUCUGAUUCCUCAUUCUGUUUAAUGCUGGCAAGAACAGUCCGUGCUCCGGGAUAUGCAAACCACGUGAAGCAGUUAGCAAAUCCAGUUUUGCUGUUUUUCCUCUCAGUUUAACUCUGGUUCCGAUAGAGAUUUUGGAAACGUCUGCUUUUGCUCAAUAGUGGCUUGUUGUGUUGUCUGGACCAAAAAACAGUUAAGUUUGUGUGAAACAAGUCAACUUCAAAGCAGGGUUAAAAUUAUUUUGACAGGAUGGAAAACUAAGCCAACAAAAUGAAGUUUUGCAGACUUAAGUGUAAAGUUCUGCUUUUUGGUGCGAAGACUCAGAUGUCAAGAUGGGUGACAAAUGACUUAACAGCACAUUUGAAAAGGAUAUGGGAGUCCACAUGCUAAACGUGAGUCAGUAGUGUUGUCUGGUGUCUAAAAAGGCUAAUGCAACUCUAGAUUGCAUGAGAAUUCAUGGUAUCACUCUGUUCUUCUUUGAUCAGGACUCACAGUUCUGGACACUGCGGCUUAGAAAGGACACUGACAUAUUGGAACAUCCAGAGUAGAGCAGGGAACCUGGGGAUCAGGUUUUGUGAGCAAAGGCUGAAGGGGCUGGGUAUAUUUAUUUUGGAGAUUUUAAAAUGUAGAGAUUAUCGAAUAGCCAUCUUCAAAUAUUUGAAGGGCCACCACAUAGAUCAUGGAGCAGAUUGGUUUUCUAUUGCUCCAGAGGAGAGGACCCAAACCAGCGAGUUCAAAUCAUGAGAGAAAUGAUUUAAUUUAAAUGUAAGAAAUUAUUUCCUGGUUCAAGCUGUAUGAGAGUGGAACAGACUGCCUUGAAAGGUGGCGAAUUCUUCUUUCUUAGAAGUUCUUAGAAGCACCCUGAUCAUAGGUGCUGCUGUAGUGGAUUUACUUCAGCAGCUGAGGCUGAACUAGGAAGUAGAUGAAAUUACCUUUUGAAAAAACAAACCAAAACAUAAUUAACGUAGCCACAGUUUAUUGCUGUAGGGGACACAACAAGCUGUGGUUGAGCAAAAACAGAAACAAAAGCUUCUAAACAACUUCCACCUGUGCCAGGGAGGGGCUGAAUGUGGAAGCCCAAGGCUCACCUCCGCUCCUUCACAUCACACUAAACUAUGGUUUAGCAUAGGUUUUAAAAGGAGCCAUUAUGUCACUGUUCUGGGUCAUUUUAUUUUCUCUGUGAUGAAACACCAGUGCUGGGAAAAGGACAGUUUUCUUCAUGGAAGGCUCCAUUGUUGCAAUAAGGGGUAUUGUGUAAAUCCCAUUAGUGGUGGUGUUUGGGAUGGACAAUAUAAUUACCAAUGUAAAUACUUUCUUCCAGUAGCUCUGCUUUUUCCAUAGCUGUUUGCAAUCUUUUUUUGUUUAAUUGGAGUCCACAGACUUCUGUUCUUUAGUGCUGGAGUGCAUGCAUCCAAUAGUAGCCUGGUUUGCAUGUCAAAUUAAAGCAUGGUUAAAAUAAACUGUGGUUUUGUGUGAAUGAGCUGCAAUUGUGGGCCCUUCUCUCUUCCCCUGCCCCUGCUUUUACCAGUUUCCCCUACCACACUAUUUUGUCUUGUCUUAUCAUACUGAAUAUCACCACCUGCACCUCUGCCUCCCUUACUUUAUUGUGUCUGGAUCUUAAAAGUUCUGCACCUUUCUACUUCGUCUUGACCAAUCCAUCUCAUUUUAAUGUGCUUCUGUUCCCCUUACCAUAUUGUGCUUUCCGUAGAAGUACAGCUUACAGCUUACGUUUGUGCAAGCUCCACAUGCGAGUAAUUGAUGAGGCGCAGGCACAUAUCAGGGUCAUGCAGUCAUGAGCGGAUGCAAAGCAAUACAGGGCUGUGCCUUUUGUUAGAGUUCAUGCCCUUAUUUUUCAUGCUGCUCACAAUGUGAACAGAAGUGGCGAUGAAGUGCCUUAACCUCUUCAGACAUCUCUCCCGUCCUUUCAUCUCUUAUUUUAAUCAAUGGUGUGGCCCCCGCCUUUCCCUCGGGAUAGCUGCCACUUGAGAAAUAGCGCUCCACUUUUCUUCUACUGGGCUUAACACCUCUCUCACACACAAUAUGCACACGCACACUGCUUUUUAGCUGGGAAAUGUUUCGGGAAGGGCAACCAAAAUGAGCAAGGGGAUGGAGCAACUCCCCUAUAAGGAAAGAUGGCAGCAUUUGGGGCUUUUUAGUUUAGGAGAGCUGGCAACUAAGAGGCAGCAUGGACGUGGAUAACCAGAAACAUAUCUAUUCAGAGAAAAGUCCCCCCUUCAUAAUAGCAGAACACAGGGAUGACGGAAUUUUGGAAGAUUUAGGACAAACAAUACUUUGCACAGCGCAUCGUUCAGCGAUGGGAUUGGCUCUCACGGAAGGUAGUGGUGGCCAUAGCUGUCAAUGUUUCCCUUUUUUUAAGGGAAAUUCACUUAUUCCAAAUAGGAUUCCUCGCAAGAAAAGGGAAAAGUUGACAGCUAUAGUGAUGGCCACCAAACCGGAUAGCUUUAAAAGAGGACUAGACUAACUCAUGGAUGAUAAGGCUACCAGUGUCUGCUAACCAUAAUGGCUAUUAUAAUGGUAUGGGGUUGCUCGUGCGUAAGUUGCCGCCUCUCCUGGCUAUGUUGCCUUGUUAAACCUUUCUGUCUGGACAGCCCUUCAAUUCGUGGCUGCCUCAGUCGCUAGCAGAAUCUGUCAGUGGGCGUUUCUGAAACCUUUUCCAACAUAAAAGUUGUUUGACACCCAGUCUCCUCCUACUCUCUCUGCGUGGAAGUCUUCUGCGCAGGGAGGGCGUGGGUAGCAGAGGACCAGUGCUCUCCCCGCUGGUGUCCGGUGAAGAGUCUGGGAGCCCUCUCGCCGAUUCCCCCAUCUGCCCCUCCUUAUUCCUGGUGUUGCACUGAAUUGCUUCCCCAUCUGCUGAGCUGCCUCUCUCCCUGCUGGGCCCUUCUCCAGCAUCAUUGGAGAGCCUUCCCUCCACCUCUAGCUCCAAUAUCAGUUCCCUGACAGCUAUGUUCUCCUUCCCCUGUUAUAGGUAGUAUGUCUUUGCAUGCCAGUUGCUGCAAUCACAAGCAGGGAGAGUACUGUUGCCCUCAGAUCCUACUGCCAGGCUUGCCAUAGGCAUCUGUUCAGCCACUGUGAGAACAGGAUGCUGGACAAGAUGAGCCAAUGGCCUGAUCCUGCAAAGGCUCUGCUUAUGUUCUUAGGUCCACCCUCUAGCAAGUGGAAUGCUUUUGUAUUGCAGAGUGAUUAUAUUCUGCAUGGCACUUGCUUGGAAUCGAAGCGAACCGACAGCUGUUUUUUUUUACCAAGCAAAGCUAGGAGAAAAUCCUGUUAAGGCGACUGCCAAAGAGAGUUAAAAAGGCUUUUCUUGCCAUUUCAAAAUAAUAAUAAUAAGGCUGCUCUAUUCUGUUAAGCUGAGAUGUCCGCAUCGGAGAACUUCCUGUGACUUUACAGUCUGAGGUGCCAGCAUGUGCUCAUUCAAGAUGGUGAGAGAGAUUUCAGAAAAGUCUGCCAGUGGCAUUGCUAUAAAAAGCCCACCUGCUGAAUUUUGUGUAUGUUUUGUAGGAGUACGAGUGUUUCCCAGUCCCGGCUCCUGGGGUGUUGCUUCCCUUUUCCUUGGUAGUGUCCCAGUUACAACAAGUAGCUGUGUUUUUUGGCUGCUUAAUUACUUACUAGGAAUUGUAUUCAGGAAAGUGGGGUGGUGGUGGUGGUGGGAAUUUGUGCUGUGCAAGACACUUUGUUCCUUUUGUGCAGUUAAAGAGUAUGUUGUCUAGGAAACACAAUGCCCUGGAGAAAGAUGCUGCCUCUUUCUUUCCCCUCCCUUCCCUGCUGGCUUCUUUCUUGCAACCAGCGCCACAAAUGCUUUCCUUUCCUUUCCUUCAGCUGUCCCCUUAAGAGUUCCAUAUGCAGAAACUUUAAUUUCUGAAAUUGUGUGUGUGUGAUAUUUUUUCGCCACACAACAGAGAGCCUGGGUCAGGACUCACCUCUUCAUGGUGCCUAUAGAAGGAGCAGCCUUGUGUGGAGUGUCAGACUUGUAACCCCUGACUAGCAGAUAUUCCAUAAUCUCAAGUGGAAAUGUUAUGCAGACUGUCUAUCAGUAAUUCUGUAUACCUGGGUGGGGUCAGAUAACCUUUUCUGUCUAGUGGGCUGCAUUCACCUUUUGACCAACCCACAGCCUUCCCUCCUCAGAUCAUCUAAGCAGAUCAGCUGAGGAAGCGGAUUAUUGCCCACCUCCCCAUUAAUCAAAUGAUCGAUCUGAUAGCAGGGGCAGCAGCAAUUUGCAUCCCCAUCAGAGCACUGUGCGGGGAAAAGAGAUGUUGACAUCUUUGCCCAGCACAGCACUGUGUCUGUUUUUCUUUUUUCUUUUGCUGCCAUCAAGAAAAUCAGUGGAGUCUUGGGAGGGGAAAAAAAAUGUUUGCCGGGAAAGGGGACAGAUAAGACUAUUAGGUCAGGGGUUAGCCGUCCUGGUUCAGGAGAUGCCAGAAACUGAAUCAGGGCUUUUAUCCAUUCAGAGCAUGAGUUCUGCCACUGAGCUGGAACCUCUCCUUUCUAAGGUGGGAAGAUCAGCUCUUCAAAUGAUGGGUCUUUCUUGCUCUCCUUUGAUUUCAGAGCAUGAAGGCAAAAAUCGGUCACCUGUCAAACCAUGGAGGUGGGUAGGCAAGAUAACAAUCUGACCCACUGGCCAGAUCUAGUUUCCCUCAGCUCUGUUGUAUGAAGUUGGGCCACUCACUGACUUUUAGAGUAACGGUCAUGUAGAGGACUUUUGCAGGCACUGCCAGACAGCUGAUCGGCGGUGCUUGCUAACUCCCUUUAACUGCUCCACGCCUGAAAUCAUGUAGGAUGUCAAGUGAGGGUGACAACUGCUACAAUGGCCUCACAAGCCAGAUGAGGAGGCCAGGCAGAGUUAAUAAGGUACCCAGACUUCAGGCUCCCUACUUCUGUCAUACAACGGGCUUUUGGCUGAGUGGGAAUUUUGAGUUGGGGGUCUCUCUAGUUUGACUGAUACUCUUAACUUUUAUUCUGUGCUGGCUGUCCACUAACUUGAGAAACACAUGGGCUUAAAUUUUUUUGGAGGGGUCUUGUCAUCUGCAUAACCACCUUGACAGUUCAAAGCGUGGAAAUUUAUGCAGUGCAGUGUAUGCUUAAUUGGGACUAGAGCGUUUAGUGGUGAGUAGGUACACAAUGAAAGAAUAGUUCAGUCAUUUCUAUUUAAGAAGAAGUUAGGUGCAUUUGUGGUUUCGGCUGGAAAAAAUAUAUAAAAUCAAUCUUGUCUUGUGAUUCAUUCAUAGUAAAUAAUCUAAUUUUAUUUUAUAUAUGAAAAAACUGCCCAUUAGAGAUGUCUUAAAACUCUUACGUUGAGUUCUGGGUCACAGUUUAUUUGUUUAAAGCAUUUGUGCUGCACCCUUCAGCCAGAAAGGUUCCCAGAGUGGCUCACAUACAAUUAUCUUGCCUCAUAAUUUUCUGUUCUUGCCCCCUGCAAAUGUAGCUUGUUCAUUGAGAAACAACUAAAAAAUUAGAAAGCAACUUUGCCAGUCCAUAAGGAAAGAAUCCCAAACUGCAAAUACAAUUAUUAGGACAACCCCAAAAGUUAUAAACUUACGAUCAAGUUUUUUUUGAGUUCUCCAGAGUUCUUCACCAGAUGUAAUCAAAAGGCAAGGGAGAAUGAGAGAAGUAGCAAAUUAAUGUGCAGGUCUUAAGGUGGAAAGGACGAGAGUCAUGCUAUCAUCAUUGGAUUGGUAUCCCCAUGUGCAUGACAGGACAGGUAUCCAAGCCUUGCUCUGUUAUUUUAGAGGCCAUUUUUGCAACAGGAUUGAGAUCUUGUUUAACUUGGACCAUAGUAUCAAGCAAGAGUUAAGACAUACAGACACUAAAGGAAAGGAAGAAGAGGUGAUGAUAAAUAGUACUCCACACAUGAGGGAUGUAUCUAUAUUGCAUGCUUAGAUUGAGGUUGUCUGUGGUACAGAAUGGGCUUGGCUGCUGUCAUUACUGUGAUUCUUAUUCUUAUUUAUUUACCUUUGUUUUGCUCCUCCCCUCCCUUUGGGUUUUUGGGGCAUAUGCAUUGAACUCUUUGUCUCCGUUGGCCCAGUGUCCUCUGCCUGUCCCUCCUCCAUUGCUGCUGCUGCCCAGCUCUGGGUAAGUGGCAAGCCCCAGACACAAUAGAUUGCUAUUAAUAACCUGCACUGCACCUUCUGCAGGAGUCUCCUCUUGAGAGGCUAUGAAUAUUUGAUACUUGGAGGGGGGGGGACUUUCUCCUGCUCUCCAUCCUGAUUGCUGCUGGGAAGUCCUGCUGGGAGCAAGAGGUCGCUCAGGAGGGAUCAAGGCAUAUCAGUGCAGCUCAGCAAAUAGAAGGCCUGGUUGUUUUCCUCGUGGAUUUUUAUUGAAAUAAUUAGCUCUCAGAAUGCACAGCUUGACACCUGAGGGUUUUGUGUUCAUAAGUGCACUGUUUGACAUUUUUUAAAAUACGGGACCGUUCAUGUGAGUUCUCAACCCCUAAGGUCAUUUUCCUCCUAUUUAGUCCACCUCCACUGUUGUGGCCAGAGCUGGCUUUUCCUUGCAGUAUCCUAUGUUUUCCUGGACCUGUUCUCUGUUAGCAUCAUCUUGUGCUUCAGCAUGUACCAUCUCUGCCUUCCGUACAGGUGUAUUUCAUGGGCUAUCUGGCUUUUGAAUGCAGCCUCCUGGACCCAGGGGGAUGUGAUCCUAAAGGACAUCCUCAUCUCUCCUUUCUCAUCCCUCCCCUUCUUACCCCAUAUCCAGCAUGCAGCAGUGUGACUGGCAACAGGCUGAAUUAAUCAGUGGCUUGGUGCUUCACUCUGCUGUUCCUCUCCCUCUCUCUCCCUCUCUCUCUCUUUCUGCAGCGUUGCGCUGUGCGCACUCUCUCUAUUGCUCUCUGCUUCUCUCUGGAUAGCAGCAUUGGAAGUUGCUGUUCAAGGUUCCAAGUGCUGCGCUCCAAUCUUAGCCCAGAUGCUUUUUAAACAGACAGAUUUGUGGAUGUCCCAGCAAGCCAAAAGUGGCAAAGUAAGUUUACCUUUUGCGCUUUUUAUUUCUUUCUCUUUUCUAACGUUUGAAUUCAAGAUGGCUUUUCCCUUCCUUUCCUGUAUGUUUUCCUGAGCUGCUAAUGUACAGAAGGCUUCUGAGGUUGACUAUGUGUGUGAGCUUAAGGCAGAUGAGCUGCAUUAAAUGGCAAUAUAUAUUAUGGAAAGGAGGACCUCUUCCUUUCUGCUAGGCUUGUUCUAUCACUGGGAGAAUUUGGGCUCUGAGCACAGUGUAUAGAUGCCUUGAGCUUUAGUGAAUCCUUGUGUCUGUUUGGUGGUUCAGAUUUGUCUGUUUCUUACACAUGCCUGAGCAUUGUGCCACUAAGUGCCACUUCCUACUGGUAUACUUGAGGGGUGGGGUGUGAGGGGGUUAAUGCUGUGGCAUAAACUAGCAGGGAUCAUCGUGCGUGGCAAAUUUCCUGGAUCUGGAGGAUUGCCAAGUAUGUUCAAGGGAAGCAAAUGUGGCAAUGAUCCAUCCUUGCAGAUUAAUAAAUCUAGGAUUACAGUCAGCUGUGGUUGGAAGUGUGUGUGUGUGUAAUUACCGACUGCGCAUAUUAUUCUUCAGUGUUAGGGAAAUAUGUAUAGUAAUAUAUGCCUUAAUAUCACAUUAUGUAACAUGCCUUUAAAACAGCACAAACACCAAUCCCCAUGGCACAUGUGUUAGCUACAUAGAAAUCCAGCCCCAGGGUGAUCUGCAGGUGCAAGAACGGCUGCGGGGACAAAGUAGGAAAGCUGUACAGCAUGCAGUUGCCUGAAGGAGCUGCCUAUUCACCCAGUACCCUAAAAUGAAGGAGGAGCCAGCGAGCAAGCAAAAGCUGAGGUUUGCAUUGUCAGUAUUAAGAAGUUUAUCCUGGUUAUUGGCAUUCAGCCUCCUGCUUUUGUAUGACCCUAAAAACACCCUGAUGUCCAGAAGAAAGUAGAUUCGCUCAUAUAGAGGGCCAUGACCAAUGUUGGUAAUGUACUCAAGCCCUGUGUAGAUUUGCGAUGCUAAGUUGGAAUCUCCAAAUGUAAAGAUUCUGUAAUUUCUAAGAGGCAAGGAAGACUUGCACCAUUGUGUAAAAUGGAGCUUCUGUAGUCACUUGAGCGGACGGAGCUUCUCUGCUAAAGAGAAAUGGUAAGCCCUAGUUUGCUUUGGCGGCUUGUUCCUGAAACUGGAUGGAGCCCGAUGCUGUUAUUAAUUUGAGCAGUGCUGCAGAUGUGAUCUAUGCCAGCAGUUAUGGAUCGAGCCGGCAUGUGGUCUGCUACAGAUCUCCUUAGCUCAGUGGUGCCAACCUUUUUUGGUUAGGUAUGCCACAUGUCAAAUCCAUAGCAAACAUAAGGCAGGGUGACCCUAGUGCAGGCAUGGCCAAACUUGGCCCUCCAGAUGUUUUGGGACUACAAUUCCCAUCAUCCUUGACCACUGGUCCUGUUAGCUAGGGAUGAUGGGAGUUGUAGUCCCAAAACAUCUGGCGGGCCAAGUUUGGCCAUGCCUGCCCUAGUGCAUGCUACGAGCCCACUAUUUCUCCAAGUGCUUUUGCUUUUAGUCUACUAGGCUAGGGAGGCAAGCACAGUAUAGCAUUAGAGAAGCAAAAGAACAUGGAGAAAUCUGCCCGUGCAAAGAUAGUAUACCAUAUAUAUACCAUUAACCUGGUCCAUGGACUUAGUUAUUCUUAACCAGGUGUGCUUAACCCCUUCUUUGAUUGUGCCCUUUAUGGUACCUUUAUGGUUAGAUACCCGUGGCCUAAUUCAUCUGAUUUGAAUAAGACUUGCUCACUUGCUAUGAUGUGGAAUGUGAAUUGUUUGAUAACUCUGUUCAUUCUAUAUGCUCUAUGCUAGAUGCAAACGUGUGUAGGCCAUAAUGAGGACAUAAGGAGGCUCAGUGAGCAGUGUAGCUCCUGGUACAAUUUGUGGCUUUUUUGUUUUGCAAAGUUUUUUCCCCGUACGAAAUUCAUAAGAUCCUGAAUAGUCCAUGCAACAGGUUUGGGCAUGCAUGAGCAGGCAGGGGAGUGGAGUUCCCAUGACUCAACUGUACAUAUUCUUGCUGAUGAUGUUCCUUCCCUGCCCCCUCCUCCAUGGUUACCCACACUUUCCAUUUCUGCAGGAAGUUCACACGUGGAGAUGCCACAAGUUGGAAGGGGCCAAAAUGCCAUUGGCUCCAACCCAACAGAUAGCUGGGAAUCAUGUCUAUUCCUUCCAAAUGAUGGUGGUGGUGGGGAAUUGUUUUCCUACCAUUGUUCUGAGAUAGAGAGACUGAAGGCUUGAUUGCAAUCUAACUUGGCUUAUAACUCUCUGUAGUACAAAAUCACAUUUUGUGCUAAUUUUCUCCUGACUUGCUUGUUCUAUAACACAAGAAAGUGUUGAGGAAACAACAGUAACAGGAUCAGGAUAAGAGGAGGAGGAGGGACUUAUCUGUCUAUAUCUGUUUCUCAUUUCCCCCCAGUCUUAAGUUCAUUUUGCCACUUUCCACAUCAGUUUAUGAUUUUUUAAUAAAUAAGAGGCUCGUGAAAAUUUGCCAGCAUAUUAGUGAGCGUUUCUUGCGUGUAAUUUCCCCCUAAAAUAAUGCAUUUUUUAUACUUUUCGUGAACAUGUACAUAUUUAUACACACUUUCCCCAGAUAGAUGUGUCUUUGCAUGCAUUUUUUGGUUGGAGAACUGCAUUGCACAACUUGGCAAGGUGUGCAUUUCAGAGGACAGCUGCACUUUAAUUUGCUUGUAGGAGGUAAGUAGCUCCAUUAGUGUCAUUAAACAUGUGUGCCUAUCAGCCCGGUUCUUCACCUUGCUUGCCUUUUAGUCUGUCUUUGCAUACCUUCUUUUGAACACUGUACCUUCCUACCAAUGUACCAACUGCAAGCCUGGCCAUGCUAGCAAUAGCUUUGCACUUGGAUAUUCCCAUCCCCAACAAAAACCAAAGUUUGGGAUACAAGAUCCCAAGAGCCCCAAAUGUGAUACGGUGCUUAGGAAUGUCGAUCUCUUUCAAAACAACAGUGCCUUCCAAACCUGGGCUGGUGCCGAAUGUGUGUUGCUGUUGUUGUUUUGUAAGUUAUCUGUUUUUAAAUUGAGUUUUCAAAACACCAUAAUUUCAGACACAGUAGCAAGGCAUGGUAUUUGAAUCACUUUAAUAAGACAAUAAAAGUGGCUAAAAUUUGAGCGCUGGUUCUUGCUUUUCAAAAAGAAGUUAUUAUGCCAUCUUGGCGUUGGAAGCGUCCCCUCAACUUCCAGCCCUGACCAAGAUAAAACCCUUUCUUCUCAUUUAAUUUCUAAUAUGAAGUGAUGUUCCUAAGAGACACUGUGCGGUGGUGAAAAUGACACCUGCUUGCUCUCACAAUAGAGAAGAGAUCCGCUUGUUCUGUGCUUGUCCCUUGAUGAUGGUUACAUAACUGGCACCAAGGGGAGAGAGAGAAGGGAGAGUUGUCAAAGUAACUCCUUCCCAUGUAUCGUGUCUCAAAGGGGCCACCUGUGUAAUAUAUUUAUUGAGCACAAAAUAACAACACUUGGUGAAUAGUGCUUUCUCCCAUGUUGGAGCAAUGAUCAAAAGAUUGUCUGCGUCACGACUGUGAUAGGUGGCAUGCAACCUGUUGAAAAGGUUCUUGCGCCGGGAAGUUUUUAACGUUUGACGAUCUAUUAUGUUUCUAUAUUCUGCUGGAAGCCGCCCAGAGUGGCUGGGGAAACCCAGCCAGGUGGGUGAGGUAUAAAUAAUAAAAUUAUUAUUAUAAAAGUAAUAAUUCUGGGGGAAAUUCAGCAUAGCGCUAAGGAGAUUGUCCCAUCAGCGCAAGCAUUUCUGCAGGAAUAGUCUGUCUCUCCCUGCCCCAUGCACUGUUCCAGGGCUCUCCUGACCCCCUUGAGCCAGUUUGGGGGAAGGAACACUGGAGAAGGAGAGGGUGGGAAAGCCCCAUUGCACUGAUGGAGGUCCUUGAGCAGGUUCCUGUUGGCAGGACUGCUUAGUUGAAUCCGACUCAAAGUAGUAAUGUCAGGGCAAACAGCAGAGUCUCAUUUUGCAUAUGGAUCUUGCAUUGGGUUUUGUGGAGUCUGAAAAUGGACCCUGUGUUGGUAGGGAGAAGAUGCAGAAUGCCCCCUGCCCAAAAGGGCCAUGACUUCCUUGAGGUUCUCGGGUGGUCCAAAGAAAACAGUCCCAGUUGCAAUGCAAUAUUCUUGAUUCAUUAACUCUGGCUAAGGAUCACUAUUAGCCGUAGGAUUGCAUGGCCCCUCUUCCUUUCUUUGGUGUUUCUCCUCUUGCAUGCAAAUCUCCCUAACAAUCUUUUAACCAUGGUUAGUAUCAGUGUCAACAAGACAUCAUAGCACAUUAUUUUAAGGCGUGUACAGCACACAGCAAAGAAAUUUAUCUAGGUGGUGAAUGUCAUCUCCACAAACAGCAUAAAAACACUUAAGCAACAUCUGGGCAGUAAUGCACAAUGGUUAUGCUAUAGGCCAGAGAAGUCCUGAGUAAGCAGAAGAUAGUGGUUAGGGGUACUGUGGAAAAAAGAUUUGCCUUUAGAAGAUGUUAUUUUAACGCAGAACCGCCUGUGGAGAGAUUCUUACAUAUAGGUGAUGUCUACACUGUCAUGUAUGAUCCAGUUGAGAUUCCUACAUUGUAGGGGGUUGGACUAGAUGACCCUUUCCUAGUCAAUUUUCCUACUGCCCAUCUACUGCACCUGUAUGUAUGUAUGUAUGUAUGUGUGGAGUCUCAGAACACGGGAGUCAUAGAAUUGUAGAGUUCUUUGGAUCUAGUCCAAUCCCCUGCAUUGCUGGAAUAUGCAGUUGUCCCAUACGGGGAUCGAACCUGCAACGUGCACAACUAUGAAAGGGGAACCAACAGAAGAUGAUUUCAGAUCCCUCAGCUGGUUUGAUUUCCACUUACCUUUCCAUUGUCCGUUUAUAAUUUACUCAUUCUGUCUUUCUUAGCAGUGCCAUUGAGCAUAACCCCACAACUUAUGGCAUUAUCCUAGAGUUUUGAUUUCCCUUGAGAGACGACUACUUUGCUAACAGCCACCAUUGCUUGUUUUCUGGCAAAUUGGGGUUGCAGAGUGACAGUCAGAGGCAGGGUGAGGGUGUCUUGUCCGUACUGCUAGGAAGUAUCUAUAUACCGUAUUUUUUGCACCAUAACACUCACUUUUUUCCUCCUAGAAAGUAAGGGGAAAUGUCUGUGCGUGUUAUGGAGGGAAUGCCUAUGGGUGGCGGGGGGGAUCUGCUGCAGUCGUGAGCAGAGGAUCCGUGGUUCCCCUUCCUUCCCUCCUCCGUGGCUCGCUUUGAAACAGCAAAGCGGGAGAAGAGCCGCUGAGUGGGGAGGAGAGAGGGACAGAGAGCCUGCUUCUUUAAAGGAGCAAAGCGGGAGAGGAGAGGAGCCACUUACACAAGUGUAAGCGGCUCCUUUCCGGUUGGUUCCUUUAAAGCAAGCAGGCUCUCUGUCCCUCUCUCCUCCCCACUCAGCUCGCUAAGCCAGGGAUGAGCAGGGAGGAGGAAGAAAAGCAGAGUCUGCUUGCUUUAAAGGAGCAAAGUGGGAGAGGAGAGGAGCCUUCUCCCCUUAUACCCCUCUUCUUCAUUAUUAGCAGCAUCCUUCUCCACCCACCCCACAAGUGCUCCUUGUCCCUUGAGUGCUUUUCCUUCCCUCCCCACUUAAAACGUGGAUACAAAGCACGGAUCCACAUGGAUCCUCAGGAUUUUUGCACUGGGUCACCCCAAAUUCAUCAUCAGAUCACAUAGCAUGUCCAUGGCUACAUCUUGCACCAAAAAAAUCACGCACCCACUGUUGCCUGGGGCCGCAGUGGUGCAAAAACGUGGUUACAAAGCAUGGAUCCACAUGGAUCCUCAGGAUUUUGCAUUGGGCUACUCCAAACUCACUGUCAGAUCACAUGUCUGUGGCCACAGCAUGAACCACAAAAAUCAUACAUCCACUGUUUCGUUUAGAAUAUUUUUUUUCUUGUUUUCCUCCUCUAAAAACUACGUGCGUGUUAUGGUUGGGUGCGUGUUAUAGAGCGAAAAAUACGGUACAUACAUAUAUGUGUGUGCACACGCGCACGCGCGCACACACACACACAGUUGGCGGUUGAGACACAGCACCAUAGGCUAGAUCAAUCUUGCUUGCUAUGUAAUCAAUGCAGAGCACUUGGUGCUUCUACUGCAGCCAUUCAUCUCUUUACGAAUGGAGGUUUAGGCUUAUUUAAACUUGAAAUAUCUGCUCAGCGAAACGGACGAAUGUUAGUGCUGGGGGAUGAGCAACUGCUUAUCGUGUUGGAAAAUAAAUACAGACUAUGUAGCAGGCGCCAGUGCUGAGAACACAAUUGCAUUGUCCUACUCAGCAUUCUCCUUCCUAACUUAUUGAAUUCAUUUUGGAACCAAUCCUGAGCUGUGUCGCCACUUUGCUUUUCAGUUAUAAUCCCUGCCACCUUGCGUUUUUCUGUGCCAGAAGGGUUUCUACUAUAUCCAGACUCUGGGGAAUUAGCUGCAAAGCCCCAAACUGCUAAAGGGUAGAGUGAUAAGCGAUGCCUGCAAAAACGAUAGAAACUGCCAUGGCACCUUAGGGACUAACUGGUUGAUUCUAGCGCAUACCUGGUUUUUGUUUCUUUGUUUUGUAAGCUGCUUUGAGCAUGAUUUUUGUGAGUGAAUGAAUGAAUGAGAUCGAAUGAAUACAACUUUGUGUGAAGGUUUUUUUUUUUAUGCACACAAUCUGUAAAAAUUCAGGCUGCUCAGUAUAUUAUUUUUCUCCACUUGUGCCUUAAUAGAUGUGAGUAGGACAAGGAAGAAGAAAAUGCAGGAUCAACUUGUGCACAUUGGCAGCGUCCAAAGUGUCAGAAAAUGAAACUGAUGCAGGAAUACAAUGGGAAAGGGGACACCCAAAGCUGCCCCCAAGAUUCUUGUUCAGAUGUCUCAAGGUGCAGUCGUGAGCUCUCAUCUCAUUAUCUUGUUCAAGUAAAAUAAUUUCGAGACCUUGGAGGCUAAUAGAGAAUAGCGAGCUUCUGCUCAUCAUUUCCUUGACGGGAAAGAAACUAGCUUUCUUCACUUACCAAAGGGUUUAGAGAGGCCACGUAUUAAAUGGAGAACCCUGAUGCUGUUCGUUUGCUGUUGCGUGAUGCUGUAAGAAGCUGAGAGCCUCUAUAGUCUAACUGAAAAGCAUGUCAGAACUGAGAGUUUUUGUAGUCUCCAAACUGAAAAUUUGAGAGACUUGUACUUGGAAUAAAGAAAAUUGCUUCAGCUCCUCAUGCUGCUAUGGGAGUUAGUGGGUGCUCCUCUGUGUACUGCACAUACAUGCAGUGUUCCCCAUAAUAUGUGAAAGCUGGACUUCUAGCUCAAGCACAUAAUCCCGAAUAUUCCUGCAGUGGUUCCAUGGACUUCAAACCUGAAUGGCUCUUAUGCUUUUGAGGUGUAUCCCAGUGUGUAGACAUAAUUCUUUAUUAUCAUAAUAUGUGAUGAAUUCCUAACACACCUCUAUGUGAAGAUCUAAAUUAUGUAUUUUUAAAAAGAUAUAAAUAAGAAAAAGGUCCUCCGGUAACAUAGGAAACUACCUUUUGGUAAAUUAGAUCUUUGGCUAACUUAACUCAGUAGCGUCUAUACUGGCAGAUAGCUGUUCUAGAGUUUCAGACGUGGGACGUUCCCAGUCCUACCUAGAGAUUUUUUCAUAUUCUGCACCACAAUAAAUUUGGCAAUUUACUGAAAUGAUUAAGUGAGCAGUGCAAGGCAAAAAGUGGGCAGGACUUGUAGAGUCGGUAUGUUAAUGGAAGGAUUUGAUGGUAGGAGAAUAGAAGGAAGUGUGGUUCACACUGGCAUUCAAGCUUCCUCGAUGUCUUGCUUUGAGGUUCCCAGGUUGUGAACCGUGGAAACUGUGAGUUUCAUUCAGCUGGUCCACGGCAUGUCUGUGAAGAACACUGGCAAUCUGAAUUCUGUGGAAUUCUAAGGACUUUACCGUCAUACCUCGGGUUAAAGUAGCUUCGGGAUGAGUAUUUUCGGGUUGCGCGCUGCAGCGACCCGAAGUAACAGAGCGUGUUACUUCCAAGUUGCGCUGCUCGCGAGACGGUCAAAAUGACGUCAUGCGCAUGCGUGGAAGCGGCGAAUCGCAACCUGCAGAUCCGUGGACGCAGGUUUCAUUCGUUUCAGGAUGCGAACGGGGCUCUGGAACGGAUCCCGUUUGCAUCCAGAGGUACCACUGUAUUAAUUUUAAUAAAAUGCAAAUGUAAGAAAUAAAAGAAGCAACACAAACACAACUGAAAACCAUACAGCAUCUGGUAGAGCACAUUAUCAUUGCUACAACCGGUAGGGAAUAAAAUCAUUAAGUGGUCUGUGUGGUGUGGGGUGGGGUGGAGUUUGGGAAUCAUUGAUCUAAAUCUUGCUGCUUGGGACUGAUUAGAGCUGGCACUCAACAACUGGAGGGCUAUAGGCUCUCCGUCCUUGGUCUUGUUAUUUGGCCCAGUGGCAACCACUCAAGGACCCUAGUGCUGAUGGAGCAACUGUUGAAAACUUGUGCAAUAUAUUUUUGGCAAAGUAAGAAUCAUUCAGCAUGGAUGGGACUCCUGGAUCAAGUACAGUGGUGCCUCGCAAGAUGAAAUUAAUCCGUUCCACGAGUCUCUUCAUCUUGCGGUUUUUUCGUCUUGCAAAGCACGGCUAUUAGCGGCUUAGCGGCUAUUAGCGGCUUAGCGGCUAUUAACGGCUUAGUGGCUAUUAACGGCUUAGCGGCUUUAAGAAAAAGGAAACAAACUCGCAAGAACUCGCAAGACUUUUCGUCUUGCGAAGCAAGCCCAUAGGGAAAUUCGUCUUGUGGAACGACUCAAAAAAUGGAAAACUCUUUCGUCUUGCGCGUUUUUCGUCUUGCGAGGCAUUCGUCUUGCAAGGCACCACUGUAGUCUCUUUGCGAAGUCAGGAAGUCUGUUCCUAACACAUAGCUAGCAAAUACUUACUUUUGAAAAACCUCCAAAGGAAAGAGAUUCAGUCUCUUGGUUCUGUUUCUUCCCACUGAGAAUUCUGUUAACUCUGCAAAGAUGUCUCCUGCCAUCACAGAACCUGCAAGGCUCACAUUAACGUGUGCUGCCAGGAAUGCUGUUUAUAUCUUCCUUUUUUUUUUUUUUUGAAGUGGUAGUGAUUGUGGUGGUGGUGGGAAGCAUACGUUUUGCCACACGUUGAUGUAAUCUGGUCCACGUCCAACAGAAACAGGGGAGCCGUUUUCUUCUAAUCCCUAAAACCAGCCAAGCAGAAGGAGAAUUACGUCAGGUUUUAUUCUUAGUUCUGACAGGGAUGCAGUUAUCAUGGCUUGUGCUUCAUGAGAGUUAGCUUAUUUUAGACGUUCAUUUUGCUGCAGAGGGAUUUGCAGUUUCACGGGAGAGCCAUAGGUUGACGGCAGCCUCAGAAAGUUUGUCUGUCUGUCUGGUUAAAGCUGGUCUUCUAAGAAGUGGCGUGGGACUGUGCUGACUGCGUAGAAGCCUUUCCUCUUUUGACAGCUGAGCUUCACCCAUCCCUGGCAAGGGAGCCUUCUUCACCACAGCUUGGAGAAACAUGUUCCUGGGAAGAGGCAUCAUCAACACCUUCCUAGAAGUAGUUGCAGCUGCCAGUAAUCCAGGGCUCACCCUUAUUUAAAAUGCCGGCUGUCAGUUUUUCGGCUCUUUACUUACAUCCUUACAAUAGGGCUUCGUCUGUUAUUUUUGAGACCAAACAUCCAAAUGGCACCCUCCUUCUCACUGACAAACAUGGGGCACGAUCUGCUGGGCUGUUCCCCAGUGCAACCUGUGCUGAAGCGGUCAUGAGUUGCGUAAGAGCACUUGUGUGCUUUCAUGCAUUUUCUGUUUUAAUAAUAAUAAUAACAAUAAUAAUAAUAAUAAUAACUUUUAUUUAUACCCCGCCCUCCCCGGCCAGAGCCAGGCUCAGGGUGGCUAACACCAGUAAAAUUACAGUAAAACAUAAUGGGGGGGGGGGAGAACCAAUUUAAAAUACAGGUUAAAAUGCAAUUUAAAAUGCAGCCUCAUUUUAAAAGUAGCCCAUAGAUCAAAACCAUAAGAGGAGGGAAACAUAAGGGUCAGACUGAGUCCAAACCAAAGGCCAGGCGGAACAGCUCUGUCUUGCAGGCCCUGCGGAAAGAUGUCAAGUCCCGCAGGGCCCUAGUCUCUUGUGACAGAGCGUUCCACCAAGUCAGGGCCAGUACUGAAAAGGCCCUGGCCCUAGUUGAGACCAAUCUAACCACCUUGCGACUUGGGAUCUCCAAAAUGUUGUCAUUUGUGGACCUUUUGAUGUGGCUUGUGCAGGAGAACUUCCUAGUGGAUUCUGCCACAGGGUUGUGUAAGAGCAGUGGUUCUCUGUGGCCUUGAGGAACAGACACAGCUUGUUAGGUUGGAAAAAGCAGUGGUGGGGAAUGGGGCAAAACUUUUAUUGCUGUGCAUGAGUCUCAUUUGCUUGCACUGCCGGAGGGAGCAAGAUGCAAUACCAACAGCACCAGAAGGGAAAGGGGCAUGCAGGCAAACUCAGGUUGCGACCAUUCUUUCCUGGGUGGGCAUACCAAACCUAGUAUGUGUAUGUUUCUCUGUGGCACAGUGUUGGUAUCAGGGUGGAUAAAAAUCAAUGAUUUUUAAAAAAAUAUAUAUAUUUAAAAAACAGAUUGUUUAAUUUAAAUUGGAUUUUUUUUUUAAAUUUAAAUUGGAUGUUUUUGAUUUAAAUUGGAUUUUUAAAAUAAAAUGCUUUGGAGGAAAAAUCUUUCUAAAGAUAGUUUUCUAUUUAAGUUACAUUAUAGUCCAAAGGCUAUUCAUCAGGAAAUAAGAAUUUGUUUUAAGUUUUUCAUGUGUGCUGAAACUCAGUCUAAGGUGUUUUUUUUAUUGUUUAACCACACCAGUUAACAAACAUGGAUACAUACGCUAUAAGGUUAUUGUUUUAGUUAAAUAAAUUGUUUAAAUUGUUAUUAAGGAAAUUAUUAUUUUUCUCCUUCCAAUAAAGUACAGCAGAAAAGUUGUCCAAAUUUAAACAGUUAACUUGUUAAACCUCACAACAAUUUCAUAAUUAUCUAUGUAUUUCUAAGAGUGUAACCAAAUCAGUAAUUUUUGAUAUAAUUGUAAAAACUACUCUGAAAAUUUAUUAUUUCAAAAACGAAACCUUCCUCUGGUUAUCAAUAUUAAGAUGAUACCAGCAAGAAUGAGUCUUUCUGUAAAAAAAACGAUUUAACUCAAGUCUUACUGAGUAGUGAUUUAAAUCAAAUCCACCCUGGUUGGUAUAUAAUUAGUCUAGGAUACAUUCUUCCAGAAUGGUGGAAAUUUAUUUGUAUGGUACCUAUGCUUGACCCAUAACAGGCUGUGUAGGAACUGGGUACAUUUUGCAUGCAGGUAGUCUGUAGCUGUUUGUGAGAUUGAUCUCCAGAGAAUACUGAUCAGUUUACCCUAGGAGGACUCAGCUGCUCUGUUGUGGAAAGUUUUCUGUGAUGUUUGACAAAGGGAGGGCAGGUAUGCUAAGGUAUAAUGGAUUUGCUAGACGUUGUUUUGCACCAAUUUUUCUGCUGUGCUGGAAGGCACAUCUCACUGGUGUCUUAAGCAGCCUAUGAUUGCAGAGCAGAGAAACAGUGAUAGAGAAACACUACAUUUGGUGUGCAAAACUUUUGUUGUCCAGGAUGAAAUGACUUCAAAUUUGGGUCUGACCACAACGAAGGCUCUGACUAUCCUGAGAGACCAGCUGUCGGCACUUCUGGAGGGGCAUCAGAAGGAAAGGAAGAAGGUGAUUUCCUGGAAGGUAAGCACGGCAUUUUGCUGCAUGUCAGUGAGUUGUUUUCAAGAAAACGUUACGUAUUUCUUUGUAAGGUAAAUUUUGCAGACAGAUCCUUGGAGAAAGCAAGACUUUUCCCAUUCCUGAAAGGGGGCACUUCUGAAAGGUGGCACUUAGCUGCUUCCAAAAUGGGCAGCUGGAGCUGGAGCUGGAGCCGUGAUGGUGGUGCCAGUUCUCCUGAUGUUGUGGGACUAUGGCAGCAACACCAAGGGCAGAGGACUAGAAGAAGGUUGGGCACUUCCAGGUUGCUGUGUACCCCAGCACAAAGAGGCCUGCCUCCUUCCUCACCCAGCCUGGUGCCUUAAUCUGAGUAUUCAGAGCUAGUGGUGGUGGUUCUAGGGACCCCGCCCCAGUGGCCUUCCCUACUGUGACCAGUUCACAGAACCAUUAGUGGAACUGUGAAUUCUUUGCUCCUCUGCAAAAGAGCGUGUUCAGGUGUUCAGUGGCGCUGACAUGGCGCUUCAUAUCAUCUACAGUGGUACCUCGGGUUACAGAUGCUUCAGGUUACAGAUGCUUCAGGUUACAGACUCCGCUAACCCAGAAAUAGUACCUCAGGUUAAGAACUUUGCUUCAGGAUGAGAACAGAAAUCGAGCGGCGGCAGUGGGAGGCCCCAUUAGCUAAAUUGGUACCUCAGGUUAAGAACAGUUUCAGGUUAAGAACGGACCUCUGGAAUGAAUAAAAUUCUUAACCCAAGGUACCACUGUAUACCGAAAUGAUAGAGAAUUGUCUAUUUACUUAUUUUAUUUAACCGAAUUUAUAUACAGCAGUUUACAGGAAAUGUUGAAAUUAUAAAUGAAAAGCAGUUAAAAGCAAGUAAUAAAAACAUUUGAAAGGUUAUUAAAAUUUAAAAGGUUAAAACGCGACAACACCUGCAUGUCUGGAUUGGCUUGCCUAAAGAAAAAUGUUCUAAGCAGAUGCUGAAAAGUCUGUAGCAAAUGCGCCUGCCUGCCAGAUGUCAAUAAGCAGGGAGUUCCGAAGUAUAGGUGCUGCCACACUAAAAGAUCAAUUUCUUACAACUGUGGAAACACACAUUAUGUGGCACCUGUAAUAGUGCCUGGUCUGCAGAUACAUUCGAGUUGGCACAUAUGGGGUAAGGCAGUGCAGCAAGUGAAUGAUCAGAGAUAACCUUGGUAGACAGUGUUCAUUUCCAGUGGUGGUAACGUCUGUCGCUCUCUCUCUCUACUACUCUCUCAUCAUCCACUUUAAGCAGGUUCCAUUUUGUUGAUGUAGUCUCUCUCCUCCUUUGUACUUCCUUUUCUUUUUGGUAGGAGGUGUGGCGAGCCAGUUUCCUGCACCAUGGCAACCGCUGUUCCUGUUUCCAUUGGCCAGGGGCAUCCCUGAUGCUGCUGACAGUGCUUAUACUAUUAUGCUGUUAUGGGAGCCAACCACAAGGAAGGUAUGCUAUCUCAUUGAUCGUUUUACUGCAAUAUUUUGUCCAUAAAUGACCCUGAAAGCUGCUAACAUUCAAUCAUUAACAAUUCCAUAGAAGAGUAAAAAAAAAAAAAAAAAAAAGAGCCGUGAACGAAACUCCAAACCAGAUCACACCAGAUGAUUGAAACCAAUAACCAGUUUCCACCUAGGUUUUGGAAAUGUGUUUGCCUAGUGUCUAAAAUUGACAGGGAGGGAGCCAAACUUAUGCUCCAAACCAAAUAAUUCCAUAAAAUGUGCAGAUCACCAAUAAGAUCUUAUCCUACAGACCCACCAAUGACGGAACAUGGAAUAGGGCUUCUGUUGAAGAUCUAAGCACAUUGGUGGAUUUGUAAGGGAGACAAAGUGGCCUUUUGGCUUAAACCAGCAGACUUGUCAGGGCACCUACCUAAUUUCUCUCUGACCUCACAUUAUUUCCUUCUUCACUGGUUUAUGAGACGCACUCAUAUGGUUUUUUUGUUGGAAGGAUUCCUGCAGGACACUUGUUCAAGUGUUGUCAGGCUUCGGGGAAUCUGCUUCCUUCCCUCCUUUGGCAGUAGAUAAGUAGAACAAAGAGUCUCUUACCUGUUAGAAACUUUAAUGAUCACAGCGAGAGAACAAAGAAUCCAUUCCUAGGAAUGAAGGUGCUCCCUAGUCACCCAUGUCACUACCACGUCUUGUAACCUGAUCUCUCAACCACUGUGCUUUCUGUGCUGCCCCCUUAUCUGCUCUCCUUGACCUUGGGCUGAGCGGAUGGACGCUUUCAAGCAAGUGUGUCUGUUAACUCUCUCUCUCCCAGUUCUCCUCCUCCUAGCUGUUCCCCAUCCAGUACUUCCCAGCUUCUGCCUUUUGAACUAUGUCCCUCUGCAAACCACUGUUCCAAAUCUAUACUGUCCCACUGCUCCUGGGAAGAUUCAGGAUCCUGAUCAGGAACAGGGGGAGGGGGAGGCUCCCACCAUUCCUCCUCCAUGCAGCCCUCCUCAGCACAGUCCCUGACAUGUGUCUUCCAAGUUCGGGAUGGACACCCAGUUCAGCAUAGAGUGCUUGGGCUGCCAAUGACUGGCUUUGAAAAGCUUAUUGGGUGGUUUUUUGGUUUUGUUUUUUAAUAUAGCUGCUGGCACAAGGAGAUUUCUAACAAGCAGAAGGAUUGGGGAUGUUUUCAACCUGCUGGAAGCCCAGCCAGAUGGGUGGGGUAAUAAAAAAAAAAAAAAAAAUUAUUAUUAUUGUGAUUUGAAUCUAUUAAAGGCAUAGGAGCCCUGUCCAGCCUUGGCAGUCUUCCUGUGUGGCAUUAUAUCAUGAGUCAGAUGACUGCAACUGAGUUGCAUAUUUAGAUGAAUGAAUGAAUAUUUUUACAUGUCACCCAUGCUGGUGUACAGCAGGGGUGUCUAACUCAAAUUCAUUGGGGGCCGCAUCAGCAGUUUGGUCACCCUCAAAGGGCCGGUUGUAUCUGUAGGACUUACAGUACAGGAGAGAAGGGUUCAGGCAGCCGUUGGAUCUGUCACAUCACAGGAUGGCAUGCGCUCAAUAUAAAAACAAGUGGAGGUUUCCUGAAUGCAUGUAAAGUGGAGGUUUCCUGUGUAGAACGGCCGGCGCCGCUAGAGGGCAGACGUUCUCUGGCUUGUAGGCUGCCGGGCCUGCGCUGAAGAGGCGGCUUUCUUGUGUAAAAAAAAAAAAAAAAAAAAAAGCGAGAAUAAAAGGUGAAGGCUGGUGGCCGGCGGCGGCUACACGGGCCACAUGACGAGGUCUGGCGGGCCGGAUUCGGCCCGCGGGCCUUAUGUUUGACACCCGUGGUGUACAGGGUUCCAAAGCAACAACCGAUGAACAUUUUGCUUUUAAUUUUACGAAUAUGAUGGCAGUGUUUAAUCCAGACCCCUCAAAGGAUUUUUAAUGGGUUUAGCGAUCCUGAUUUGAAUUAAGCUGGAUAAUACAGACCAUCCUAGAAGGUGCAAAAGGUUCCGUGCCCUUGUCAGUAGCAGGUGGGGUGGGGUGGAGGAGGUGCUUACCUGACCUCCCAGCCCGUGAGUUGCUGUUUCUUACUGGGAGAAGCAAGGCAGCAGGGAGAGCAGCAUGGUGCAACUGGACCAGCAGAAACACUGGACCGCCUUGCUUGGUGCAUUUGCACCCCUCUGCAUCCUUGCUGCCGCCUUGUCCCUCCCACUCCCGGUAAGCAGCAGAGACUCACCUACCAGGAGCUCAGGUUCUGUAAGUGCCUCUGCCCCACCAUGCCAGCUGCUCUUGGGCUAGAGACUUCCCUUCUUGCGACUCCUGCCAGGACAGCCGCAUGGGGACGCAUAUUUCAUUCCUUUAUUCAGCUGCCUGCAACCUCUGAUGUUUUGCUUUGAACAGUGAAGGUUCUGAAAUUGUGAACGCCUUGGCCCUGUUCCUCUUGGUGCUGCUCGAUGUCCUCUUGAUUGGACGGCAAGAGAGGCUAAAGCGCCAAGAAGUCGAGAAGAGACUCCGGGACAUCAUUGGCAGGAUAAAUGGUGAGGCCGCCUCUCUCCCCACACUGCCCCUCGCUCCUGUUUGCUAUCCUGUGUAACCACAUCCUCGCCGUAAUUUUAGUGCCUACUGUCCAUUAGUUUUUAUGUGAUGCCUUAAAAAGCAAAUUCUUAAUUAGGGGCAAUUGUUGCUUUCGUAUCAUGGUCGUAUGGAAUCUUGUCCCUUUAACACCCCAGAACUAUCUUUGUCUUCCAUCACAACCACAGCUGUCAGUUCUCCCCCUACCAUACCUUCAUAGUCUACCCUUAUGACUUAUUCACAGGACAAAUGUACUAGGCUAGGUUUGCCCUUUCUUCCCCUCCCUCAUUUGGCACCCUGUUUUUCCAGCAGCCAAGUGUAUUCUCUCCUCUUCCGGAUUCCCAUCGCAAAAGCUUAACACAACUUUCACCUGUACAUCCUCGCACUAUCAGGGGAAUGGGGGAACUGUUUUCCCCAUUGUCAUUUGCAGUGGCCUCCUCUCCUUGCUGCCCCCACCACUCCCCACUCCCUACUUUCCACUCUCUCAUAGGCAAAUACAUACACUGAUUUUCCAAAGAUGUGGAGGCUCCUGCUGCCUGCCCUACAGGGAGAAUACUUGAGGACAGCUGCUGGAAGCCACACGGUCUGUGUGAGGAUCGAACCAGAAGUGACAUUAACUGUGUGCUUUCAUGAUUUAGGAGAAUGUAAAUAGCAGCUGCAAGGGGGCUUGAGUAGCAGUUUGACUACAGGGAGUGGAAAGAGAGGGGGAGAAGGAGUUUAACUUCUUCCCUACCAUAGUCUUGAUGAAAGUCGUGCCCUGGAGCUGCAUUGGUACCCGUGGAGGCUUCCUUCCUGGUGCAAAUUGCAGCUUCAGGAGGGUGAUCUUUGUCAGCAUUGCCGUGGGGCAGUCCUUAUAGUUUCACUGCUACCCAAGCACCACCUUUGCAGAUACUGUUUACAUUUUUUUAAAGGUGCGUUCAUGCAAUUAAGGCAAUCCAUGCACUAAGAUGCAUCCAGAAUGGAUUCCUGCCGUAGUGGGGGAUGUGGCUUCUCACCCAAAGCCCAUCCACUCUGGCCAUGGCACCACCAUACCUCUCCUGCUAAUCUAUUUUUCAGAUGCCUUGAAGGAUGGAAAAGAGCUGAGCUGGACAACCUCCAUGUACCCUGACCUUCACAUGCCCUUUGCCCCCUCCUGGUCACUCCACUGGGUCUACCGGGACGGCCAUCUUGUCAAUCUUCCAGUCAGCUUGUUAGUAACGGGUGAUGUCGUUGCCCUGAGGCCAGGGCAGGAGUCCUUCACUUCUCUCAGAGGGAUUAAGGUAACUCAAGUUUCUUCUCUCUUUGCACCAGGGUCCUAAGUAUUGUAAGGGCCAGUGCUUUUUUUCCAGCGGGUAUUCAAGGGCACCUCCUUCUUUUGGUUAAAAAGUGUGACACUUACUGUAACAACUUCAUGGUGAAACAAAACAAAAUAAACAAAAUAAAAUUAAAAAAUUAAAAAAUUCCUUCCAGUAGCACCUUAGAAACCAACUAAGUUAGUUAUGGGUAUGAGCUUUUGUGUGCAUGCACACUUCUUCAGAUGCACACUUCUUUUGUGCAUGCACACAAAGGAUCCCUGAGUUUGCCCAUUUUCAGCUUUUGUCUCCCAUUCUUCUAACAGGAUGAUGAGCACAUUGUCCUGGAGCCUGGGGAUCUCUUUCCCCCCUUUUCUCCACCACCAUCUCCAAAUGGGGAGGUGAAGAAGGGACCUCAGAAUCCACAACAGUAUCGACUCUUCCGUGUCACAAAAACACCAGUGAUUGACAAUGUCAGGUAAGUUCAAUGUGAGGACAGUCUGUUACUGAAAUUUGAAGUAAGGUAGCAGAAUGGAUGGAGAAUUCAUCUGAAACAGGGCAUUCUUGGUGGUGGCUUCCUGGCUAUGGAACAAACAAAGGCAGCCCCCCUUUUCAUAUGUGUUCAGUAAACAUGCAAAAACCUUUUUGAAAAAAAUAUUUAGUUAUCCAGGCUUUGGGCUGAGAGUUUUAUGACAUUUUUACACCACUGGUUUUAACUGUUUCCUUGAAUAUAUGCUGUAGUGCUGCUUUUAAAUUGUUUUCAUCUGAUUCUGUUUUUGUGAUCUGCCUUGAGCUCCCUUUGGGGAGGAAGGACAAGUUACACAUUUGAAAUAAACAAAUAAAAUGUGUUCAAUCUAUCCUGUGUUCAGUUAUAACCGCAAGAAUACAUUAUAGUCACAAAAAUCUGACAAAUCAACUCUUUGGAUGGAAUAUACCAGUCCCAUAUAGUGGUUUGCUGUAUAAAGCUGGGAGGUAUAAGGGAAAAAAGCAAUAAAUACCUGGAACUUUGCAAAAUCCUCAGUAGAUCUUUUGUUAUGUUUCAGAUUAUGUUUAGACAUGGCUUUGUCACGUUCUGUGACUGCUCUGGAUAACGAAAGGUUCACUGUACAGUCGGUGAUGCUCAAGCUUGCCGUUCCCAUUGUGCUGGUACGUCCUGCUUUUGUGCUGCUUUUUGUGACCAGGCUUGGUCCAAUCAGGCUCCAGGUGGCUGGGACCAUUGCAUUUGACUACAACUUCCUGUGACCUGAGCAGUUCUAACUCAUGCAGUGGGUUCUUGAUUGGUUUUGGGUAUCGGUCAUACUCUUUGGAGCUCAGCAUUCAGUGGUAGAAUAUGGGAAUCACUUGGUUUGUGCACAGAAGAGAAUUUGGUGAAAUCCAUGAAUGAUCAUGGCAAGCCCUGGAUUUUCAGACUCCAGUUUAUAUGUAUAGUAUGCAUCAUUUUAAGGCAAAUCUUUUUUUUAGGCAAAUCUUUUUUUUAGGCAAAUCUUAAGGCAAAUUAAGUAAACAGGCUCCAUUAAUUAAUGCAUUUUUUGUCACAUUUAAAAUUAGUCACUACUUAUAGGGCCUGGGAUGGCUCAGUUGGUAGAGAGCAUGAAACUCUUAAUCUCAGGGUCAUGGGGCAAAAGAUUCCUGUAUUACAGGGGCUUGGGCUACAUAAACCUCGUCCCUUCCAAUUCUACAGUUCUAUUCCUUUUUUCCCUUUUUUAGAUUUAGAUUUUUAAACUUUUAUUUCCAACACAGUUGUAGGACACCUGCUUUGCAUGCAGAAGGUCUUGUAUUCAGUCCAUCAUCUCCAGGUAGGACUGGGAGUGUCCCCAGCCUGAGACCCUGGAGAGCCUUCUGAUGGUUGGUGCUGAGUCAGUUAGAAGAAUGCUCUUUGGUGUUAGGCAGCUUCCUGAUCAGUUCUGGGAGACAUUUAGUUUUUUCAAAUGGCUUGGGCCCUUGAGGCUCUGAUUGCUUUCAUGUAAUAAUAACCAGAAGGUGUUUCUGUAGUGUUUUAAGUGAUAUAGCUACACCUAUCAUAGUGAUUUACAUAUAUGGGCUUCUAAUGCUGUCUCCUUUCCUUAAACGGCAGAUUGGUUUCCUGAUCACCAAUGCCAUACGCUUUGUUUUCAUGGCUCCUGGAGUUGUCCCUUGGCAAUACACAUUGCUUCAGCUGCAGGUAAAACAGAAGAAUGUGUUUUUAUUUUCUCUGAACUUCAGUUAGUUUCCCUAUAUCAGGAAAGACAUACCUUUCUGGGCUAUACUGGUGUGUGUGUGUGUGUGUGUGUGUGUGUGUGUGUACAUGCUUGACGCAAAUCUACCUAACUAUGAUGUGGAUGUAAAAUUGAUUUUAAACACUAAUUCACCAAGAAGCUUCUGUGGCCUAAAUGUAGUUUACCUUCUGAAGGGCUCUUCACUUCUGUUCUUUAUUUUUCCUGUGGGGAUAUUUGUCCUCUGUUAGUGUUCAGGUUUAGCCUGUGUCUAGAAACAUCUCUCCUCUUGGACUUCCAUAUGCUUGUUUUGAUUAAGUUUCCUUUCGCAUCUGAGAUUCAUAUGGAAACUGUAGCUUUUCCUCUCUGUUUAAAAGUACCAUGAUGGGUUUGUAGGUGAUCAGCACUUUAAAUCUACAGAGGAACACUGAUCAUCUGCAGCCCAUACAUAUCCAGACAGAAUAGCAGAAGUGGCCUUGGAAGCACAGUGGUGUUCAUUUAACCUCAUCUCUUCUUCACGUGUGUGUGUGUGUGUGUGUGUGUGUGUGUGUUUCUUUGUACAUCUGUCCAUUGAUCUUGAGCGCUGGACACAUCUUGGAAGUAUAAGUAAUAAUGUUCUUGUGAGCAAGCGGUUCCUGCUCACUGGUGUGUGUGUGCACACGCGUGUGCACGCGUGCUGUUGUUGGGGAAGUGACGGAGCCAAUCUUCAGCUAUACUAACUGGAGACCUGGAAUGCCUUCACAGGUCAAUGGGGUCCUGCCCAUCCUCCCGCUGCUGUUCCCUGUCCUGUGGAUUCUUGCCACUGCCUUUGGUGAAGCCAGAGUCCUGGCCCAGAUGAGCAAGACCUCACCCACUUCCCUGGUAGGUGCUUCUACAACAUCAUGUUGUUGGGAAGAGGGUGGACUGGGUAAAGGCAAUUCUGGACUACUGAGACAAGAGGGGAGUUCACAAAUGUUUCCUAGGUCUGAAAAGUACAAAUACAGUGAGCCUGUGUUUUUCCAUUUUGCCCUAUGAACCUUUGAAACUGGAUCAGUUGUGGGUACAAGUGGAAGUAUUGCCAUGGGGUGGGGGGACGAACAUAGUAGUAGUAGUGAUAGUAGUAGUAGUAGUAGUAAUAAUGAUGAUGAUUAAUAAUAAUAAUAAUAAUAAUAAUAAUACUACUAUAGUAUUCUUUAUAUGCCACCCAUCUUUCAACAGAAUAGUUGGAAGUAGAACUGACAUUGGUCUGUUAGGUUUUGGGAAUGGGCAAAAUGGGGGUGGUAGGAAGGCCUGAUGGACAAGCUGCUGGGUUUCAGCUCUCAGCUCUGAAUAAUUUCUCCGAAAGGCUUGAACAACAGAGAUGGUAGGUCCAAGUGCCUGCUUGCCUGUCGCAGCCAGUAUUUGGGCUCUAGCUUUUGACUGUUCUGCAAAGUCUUCUUAAUAAUUGUCUAAUAUCUGUAAAGCCAGAUUUUGUGUGGGUUCUCCCCCCCCCCCCAAUCUCUGGGGUGCAAGAAUAAUAGGAGAGGCUUUUUAUCUUCUGUGUGAAGGGAGAAAGGGGGCAGAUGGUUCAUCUGUCAGUUGAUUCCUACCACUCCAGAUGUUACUUCUGUCUCUUCCAUUCACUGCCCUCUUCUCUCUGUCUCUCUCUCUCCUCCAUUUCUGCUUGCUGCAGGCAUGUAAAGCUUAAGUUCCUUCUCUUCCUCUUCCCCCUUUCCCCACCUUGUUGCCAGCACCUCCAUGUUCCCUGUCACCCACACUUGUGUUCCCAGUUGUUUUCAUGUUUGCUUUCUCUAUCCUGCCGGUUCUUUCCCCCUCUGUGAUUAAAUUUCAGAUGUGAUUCUGCAUCGCUGUCACCUGAAUGCUUGUUUGUGUCUUAGUUCCAUCUUGACUUAGAGUAGCAUCCUCUCUUGUAUCUAUUUCCCCCAAAAUCUGUUUGGAAUAUAGCAGUUAUAGCCCUUUCCUCCUUGAUCAGACUCUUGGAUCAUGUGUCCUCCUGUCUUCUCCUGGCCUUCCCUUCACCUAUUGGAUCUGAGCUCUUGUUCUCUCAUUCUGCAUGAUGCUAUUCUUUUCUUUCCAUCACCUUUCCCCCAGUUUCCUCUUCAAACCUUCUUGUGGGCCACCUUUGUAUUUGAUGUUCCUCCUGACCAUUCUGAAUGGGGGUAAUGUACCCAGUUCAGAUCAAAUACUAUCAUCUUCUACAUUGAGACACCAGUCCAAGAUGAACCUCGAGUUUCCUUCACCGAUUCCAUCUCUCGAAGAUACUCAGAAAAAAGGACAAGUGUCAUUUGGGUUCUAAUUCUUGACUUGGACAAAGCGUAGCCAAGGCAGGGUUCUGGAUUCUGUUCCGGUCCUGCAGAGCAAAGCCCAUUUCUCACCCAUAUCUUCCACUGGUGAAAAAAUGUUUUCCAAGGGAUGUUCCUCAUGCAUCAUUUCUCAGCACCUUGAUAGUAACCAAUUUGUUCUCUUGCUGCAGCUGGCUAAGUUCUCAGAGGACACACUGAGCAGCUACACAGAGGUGGUAUCUACCCAGGUACUAUUUUAUUAACCAGUCUUGCAUCCUGUUCUUGUGGUGUCGCACAGUGCCAUAAGAUCCUUUCCAUCCUCUCUCUCUGUGAUCUGCUUGCCCACUUGUGCUUAUAUCCUGCUGCUGGUGUCUCUCGCUUUGUUGGCGCUUUCGUUUGCUCCUCCUGCGCUUCGCAUGCCGGAUGCACACUUCCCUCCCCCAUGCUCUUUCUCAUAGCAGAUGCUCACAGUUCCCUUUGAUUGUCUGAGAGCGAAAGGCCUUGUGAUUCAAGCCUGCGGUUGCCUAGAAUGUUUAAAAUCUGAAUCUUAAACAAGCUGAGUUUCAAAUCCUAUAUUGAUUGCCCUUCUGGGUGGAAAUAGCUCACUGAGAGAGACCGGUAAGUAUCACAGGGACUUGGACAGACUUUCAUAUAGACAAAUCAUUGAAAUCAAAGUAGGAAGAGGAAGAAUGGAAAUCACACUCAUAUGUUUUUAUUGAACUGGACAGGGGGAAAACAGAAGGGCAGUUGGCCUUGGAGUCUCUGUGUUGCAGUCUAUUUUUGUAGUUAGCUCUGCUGAUGUUGUUGAACUGCAACUCCCAUCAGCCCCAGCCAGCAUGACUAGUGGCCAGGGCUACUGAGAAUUUUAGUUCAGCAACAUCUGGAGGGCCACAGGUUCUCCACGCUUGGGGUAGCACCGUGACCACCUCAAUAUGUCUGCCCUUCUCUGCAGCUGUACUUUCAUAGAUGCUCAGACUUCAUCACAAUGAACUCCAGAAGGCAGUUUGUCCUUGCUUCACUCUCGCCCACCAAAAACGUAAUUUAGUCAAACGGAAUCAAAAUGAUUUAUUGGCGGCACUGCUUGCUUUCCUCAGUCAGAAGUAAGGACCAAUUUGGGCUGCUCAUUGACUUCUGAAGCGACUACACCAAGGAUUGGGUGGGUGGGAAAUACUGUGGCAGAAAAUUUUCUUGGUAAAUCUUCAGUAAAUUGUUACCCAAAAUUGAACCCAUCUAUAGCAUUUAACUGAUAAUACUGAUGAUAAGAAUACACUUUGUUGGCUGCCUAUUAGCUAGUGAGCCAAAUUCCAGGUUUUGUUACUAACAUUUAAAACUCUAAGCAACUUGGGACCAGGAUAUCUGGCAGACACAGACCAGGCCAAUCUUUAAGAACUUCUGAGGAGACCCUGCUGGUCAUUCCAUGACUAGUGGAUUGCCAAUAGUCAGUCAGUUCAUUGUGUUUUAGCAGACAGCCAUUAUACACAUGAAAAUAAUAAAUGAUGCAGUGGAUUGUCACCCUAUGACAACAUGGAAGUGGGCCUUCUUGGUGAUGGCACCUACUCUUUAAAAUGCCCCCCCCCCCCGCUAAUUAAUGAGACAAAGAGGAUAAUGACUUUUAAAUGCCUCUUUAAAAAUUGCAUAUUUACCCAAGUUUUUGUAGACUCUGCUUCCAAUUUUUUUUUUUGGUACAGUGUGCUUGUGUUUUAUUAACUUGUUUUUAAGAUAUUCUGUUGUUGUAUUUUAAUUGGGUUAAGUGGUAUGAAAUAUUGGAAAUAAAUAAAUUAUAGCCUGCCUUUCCACCAGUUUGCCUCCAAUAUUAGAUUGUGUCAUUGCUCCUUAGCAAUGAACAAUAAAACUGAACAAUAAAACCACAAUGCAGCAUGAAAAUCCAUCGAGUGAACCUUAUAAAUGAAAUCUCAUGCUACAAGCAUUUUGUACAACCUGUGUAUUGAUCAUCUCAUCAAGUUUCUUCAAGCACUAGAUCUCUUGUUUAUGUACAUCAGGCUGUACCUUCCUUCCUUCGGGAAUGUGAAGCAGUACACUUUCCUGUAGUCCUGCCUUUUCUGGAAAUGGAUCUCAUUUCACAAUGAACUGAAACUCCUUGCCUCUUUUCCUUCACUUUGUGUAUCCAUUCGUGUCCAAUUCCCCCCUUUUUUCGGCAGGAAAUGAUGCGGUGCAUCUGGAGCCACUUCCUGCAUGUUCUGAAGGGCAGGUCUCCAACCCUCACCUUCACCUCUAGUUUGCUUCACAGCCUGGGAUCUGUCACAGUAAGUAUGCUUGCAAGGAGCGAUCUGCCAGUGAGCAUCCUAGUUGCAGGGUCUGCCUGCAGGGGUCCUUAGGUUUCCUGUUUCUUUUACAGGGCAAGGGCUAUAGCUCAGUGGUAGAGCAUAUGCUUUUCCAAGCCGGGCUGCAGAUGUCCUCUUGUCUGAAGAGGCUAGAUUAAGCUAGAUAGGCCAAUUGCCUGACUCCGUAUCAAGGCAGCUUCCAAAAGAUUCUUCUAAAUCCCAUGAGGGCAGCUGUAUUGUUAGCUGGAUAUUUCUGAGUUAGUGACUUAGAUAAUACAUUCAGCUUGACCCUGAUGUCUGAAACACAGGAGGUCAGAUUUCUGCAGUAACCAUGGGCAAGCUCUUAUGACCUGGAUGGGCUAGCUAGCUGUUUCUUGCUUCAAGCAACUGACCGUAGUAUCUGCUGGUCAGGGAAAAAUGUGAUAGACCCAAGCUCUUUCUUUUUAGAUUAAUCACAUAUAAAUCUGAACUUACUGUUUUGUGCCUUGCAAGCAUUUAUACUCCAAAUACUUAUUCUAGAGUUGUGCCUUCUGCCCUCUCUCUCUCUCUCUUUUUUGGUAGCAUUCCUCAUUCCUGCACAUAGCAUAGAUAGUUUUCAGGAGAUUGUCCUAUGUGGAGCAGCCUGGGAAACCUGCGGCAGCGAGUCAUAAAGGACACUGACAAGGGUCACAUUUUGCUUUCUUCAGCAUGAAUGCUUCUUGGCCUUAGAUGGCUUAUCACUAAACUGGGGAGGCUGCUUGCCACUGAGCCAUCCUAUCUUUAAACUAUCUUGUGGUGGCACCUGCGCAUUAAACUGACAGAGAUGUUGAGGAGGUUAGUGCUGUAUUUGGUAGCAUUAAGGGAAGUCUCCAGGGAUGGGAGGCUACUCAGAAAGGGCCUUUCCUUCUGCUAUCCAUUGUGCUUGAAGGCUGAGGUGAUACGGCUGAUAUUUAUCUGCCUCAGUGAUUCAUGCACAGUCUUGCCAAUAGUUUUUUGUGUGUCCCUGGGGUGUUGUGGGAUGUCUUGGGCCUGUUUUUAGGUGCUUUGCUGUGUGGAUAAGCAAGGAAUUCUGUCCUGGCCUAAUCCCAGUCCAGAGACGGUUUUGUUCUUCAGUGGUAAAGUGGAACCUCCUCAUAGCAGCCAUGAAGACCUGACAGAUGAACUCUCCACACGCUCCUUUUGCCACCCAGAAUUGGACGAAGAGGUGAGAGACAGCUUUUUGGACCACAGAGUCUGGUUUGUCAAGAAAUUCUGCCUUCUUUUCUCCCCAGUUUCUAGAAGACCCCUCAACCCUCUUGUGUCUUAACAUCUGCCAGAGAGACCCUUUUCAGGCUUUCACCCUCUAGCAGUGCAUUACUGGCAUCUCGUCAGAGCAGGGUCCUUCUUCACAGUUGCCCAACAAUGUGGAAUGAAGCUUGUGCCCCAGGAGUGUGUACUCAGCCUCAUUCUUAGCUGGGAUUUUCAGUUAAUAAAAAAACCCUGGUCUGCUUUGUCUAUCCUUUGAUAAACUGCUUCUGGUUUGCUUUCUAAUUUUAGCUGACUUUCUAUCAUUUUAUUGGAUGCUAUUGGUUUUUAUACUGUUACUGCAAAGCGCUUUGUAAAUUUUAGUUUUGAAAAGCGGCAUAUAAAUAAAUAAACAAAUACAUUAUUUGCCACCACUAUUUAUUUAGUUUGAAAAUUUGGGACUUGCUUUAUCUUACAUAAUCAACUCAGUAGUGGCUCCUAGGGGGAAAAAAGCAAUGAAAAAAAUAAGACAUAAAAUUGAACAGUAAAAAAGCAGCAAUACCAUGGUGAACCAACCAACAAAACAUUAUUAUUAUUAUUAUUAUUAAUAAUAAUAAUACAUAAUUUACACAUAUACCCCCCUUCAUUUCAGUCAGAAUGCUUAAAACAGUGAGCAACAAAUGAAUAAAUUGGAAUUAAUAUUGGGAAUCUGGAGAAUCAAAAAGUUCACUCGUCCCCCCAUCUUCUGCCACAAGUCGUCCACUUGAGUGACCAAGGCAGUUUCUGUCUUAAAACCGGGCCCAACUUCCCCCUUCACCUGGAAGGAUAAACCAAGUCUUCUGGGGUUCUGACGUCGCUAAGUAAUGCAUUUUUCCUCUUCCUGUUCGACUCACAGGUGUUUCUCUGCUUACCUCUUCUUAUGCUGUAUUUCAGCCCCACGAAAGGGACGCUCUGCUCUCGGGGCCUUUGUCAGACAUCGUUCACAUCACCAAUGAGCAAGACAGAGUGGAGUGGUCUACCGGCAACACCCCAAAGUCUUCUGAGGCUCAUACUCACAAGAAGCCAACUGGCCGCAGCAAACACCCUUCGGGAUCCAAUGUGAGCUUCAGUAAGGACAUUGAGGGCGGGGAGGAGGAGCCCAUGCAGGUAAGGAAUGCCAAAGGCUGCAGAGGUCAGGAGGUUGUCCUGUCCAGUUAGGAGAAAGGUGGCGUCCCAGUCUGCUAAGGAAUCAUCCGUAGAUAAGGCGGGAGGGUAAGAGUUGUGAACAUGAGAGAGGAAGAAAGAGCAUUUGAAAACUCCUCUUCUUAGGGCAAAAGGAAUAAGUGUGUCUUAGGGGAAAUUAUAAGUGCCUGCUGCCCCACCAGCACCACGGACUGAUUUGCAUGUGGAUACCUAGCUAGGUUUAUGAUUUAAGGCCUUGUGCCUAUGUGUCUGUCUGUAGAGAGACCGAAGGUUUUUCAGGAUGCUAAUUAUUCUGCCAAUUAAAUUAAAGAGCUCUGAGGGCUAUUUGUAGUGCCUAGGUAGGAACCCAAAGCCCUGCAGAUGUCAAGGAUGAUAGAAGUGGCCGUCUAGCAACAUUUACAGGUCCACAGGUUCUUCACUCCUGCUUUAGGAGAAUACACAACACAGGAUGGCAGAACCAGUAGGUUAGAGAAGCAGGACUAAUUUCAUGUGCAAGUUUCUAGGUGAGUGGCUUCGCUGGCCAUUGUUAUGCAAUGUUACAGCAAGUAAAAAGUUUCUGGCACCAAUCCAGUAGUGCCUCAGCCACUAUUGAUUUCAGUGGGUUUAGGCAACAUCUGUGUUAAGUCAUUGACUUCCCAUCCACAAGCUCUAACCCAGUCUUUCUCAGCUUUGGGUCCCCAGACAUUCUUGAAUCACAACUCCCAUCAUCCCUGACCUUUGACCUUGCUGGCUGGGUCUGAUGGGUUUUAUAGUCAAAGAGCAUCUGCAGUGUCAAAGCUUCCCAACCACUGAUGCAGCCUGCGAGUUGUGCACUAACCAUUUCUGAAUUUCUCUUCCCCUCUGAAAGGGGAACAGACGCUGGCACCUUAACUUUUGACUUUGCGUUUCUUGACUGUUGAGCCAGGUUGAGGCUGACAGCGAGGGCCUGGCAUGCGAGGCGGAAGACUUUGUGUGCGAUUACCACUUGGAGAUGCUGAGCCUCUCCCAGGACCAGCAGAAUCCCUCCUGCAUCCAGUUUGACGACUCCAACUGGCAGAUGCACUUGACCUCCCUGAAGCCCCUGGGCUUGAACGUGCUGCUUAACUUGUGCAACGCCAGCGUGACGGAGCGCCUGUGCCGAUUCUCCGACCACCUCUGCAACAUCGCCUUGCAGGAGACGCACAACGCCGUGUUGCCUGUCCAUAUUCCGUGGGGACUCUGUGAGCUGGCUAGGCUCAUAGGUGAGGAGGGCAGAGGCAGAGAGGUCAGCUGGUGGGGGAUGCCAGUGUAACUUUGCUGUGCACACACAAGUGAAAUCAUGUAAAAUGGGAAGCAUAAACACUCUUUAAAUGCCCUCUUGGCUGUUCUCUCUCCAACCCAUGCCAUAAAUACGCAUCCAGAAAAAAGAAGAGGAGGUAACUGAUAAUCUUGAAUCAGUGCUUGAAGUUAGUCCCUGUUUAGGGACGUUUUUAAUAUUUAAUGCUGUAUUGUUUUUAACACUUGAGUGGCUGGGGAAACUCAGCCAGAUGGGCGGGGUAUAAAUAAUAAAUUAUUAUUAUUAUUAUUAUUAUUAUUAUUAUUAUUAUUAUUUAUUAUAAAAAAAAUCCUCAGCUGGAAUUGAAGCUCUGGGGUUGGCAGGAGGCUGGAAGGUGGGAAAACGGCUGUUGCUGUUGCACCACCCCGCGCAUUCAGCUGUUAGGCGGAGAGGAGCAGUAGCAUAAACAAAGCCCCGUUCUGCCCCCUGACUCUUUGGGGCCUCAUCUGCCCUCACUGAUGUCCUCUUUGGACUCUGGGGGAAGGUCUCCUUGUGAGCCACAAAGACUCUCCAGCUCUCUCCCGUUAUUUCCGUGUUUGAAUUGUUUUAUUUCCUGGUACUCUGCGUAUACGCCUGAGUCAAUUCCGCUAGGUGGUUAUAUGAGGCAAGGCAGUCCUUUAGGCAAUGAUCAUAGGCAGAGGAGAAUGGCAGAUGAACUUGGAGAGCAGCGCCAUAUUCCUUGGGAUUCCUGUUGUCCAAGAGUUCCCCUCCCAUAUUAUUUUUUUCCCCUCCCCCAGGCUUUACACCUGGUGCCAAAGAGCUUUUCAAGCAGGAGAACUACUUGGCCCUUUACCGGCUGCCAUCAGAUGAGAUGGUGAAGGAGACGAUGCUUGGGAAACUCUCAUUCAUCACCAAAAGGAGACCACCUUUGAGCCACAUGAUCAGCCUUUUUGUCAAAGACACUACUACCAGUAAGGACACUAACUUGGCGGGAUUUUGACUAGCAUGUGAUCAGCAUGUGGGAUUUUGACUAGCAUGUGAUCAGAAGGAUGACCAUUAACAUACCACCUCUGGGACUGCAAUUUGGCUGGCAGCCUAGCCAAUCUAUUCAGGGCCCUUUAUAUGUAUUCUUAGGGGAAUAGCAAAGGACUUGGGAACGUGGUCCUAAAAUAUAAGCCAGAACAGGAGGAAAGGCUAUUUCUAUGCAACCACAGGGAAGUUACCAAUUCUCUCCAGUGGAGGCUCCUAGGAAAAGAGCUAUUUCUCAGUGGCUGGCUGGUGUUAGUUUCAACUGAGGCCUUAAGUUGAAAUUUGGGGGGUGGUUUUAGUUGCUGCCUAGAACCAGGAUAUUAAACUAUAUUAUCAGUCAAGUCACCAUGGCUUGUUCUCUGUGUUUCUUCCUGUUUAGUUCAAAGGCUUAUGUACGUUCCAUACUUGCCUUGGAAGUUUUCAGACUCAGUGAAGGACUAUGCAGAUGAAGAAGCUGAAAUUUUAAUACCAUUUAUUUUCAAUAUGUAAAGUCCCAGAAGACUUACAGUGAAUAAUAACAGACUUAAAAGCCAAGUUUGUUUUAAAUUAGGAUUAAAUAAAUAAGAAAAUGUACAAUAAGAAAAGUUAGGAAAUUUGAUUAUGACUGUAAUACGGUUUUAUGAAAUAAUGAUAUUGGACACUGUUACAUUUAAUUACAAGGAAAUUCAGAUGGAAGAGAUUAGAGGAAGUCAAGUAAUAUGUUCAUGAAGAUAGAUUUUAAAUAACUAAUCAAGUCUUAGUCUAUGUGGUGAUAUAUGGAAAAUUUGAAGUACUUUAUGUUUCACAUUCUUCUUUUUUAUUUUUUUUAAUUCUUUUUCUUUUGUCAUUGUUUAUUUUCUUUUUUGUUAUGCUUUUGUAUGAAAAAUAAUAAAUAUUAUUGUGAAAAAAAUAAAAAUAAAAGCCAAGUUUGUUUAGGUCACACUCCAGUGUGACCAAGAGAUGGUGCGUCUCCCUCAGGCAGGCAAACAGAGCAGGCUCUCCAGGACAAUGGCUGAACCCUAGGAAGCUACUGCUAGCCUUUUUCCUUCAGAGAGGCAUAGGAAUAUAUAUUUAAAGGCAGUUACCAUGUUACAGAGAGGGAAGAGAGAUUCGCUUGGGUCUUUCACCUAAAGAGCGCCUGAGAGUUGUCCGUGGGGCACAGUGUUGAGAAGAGGCAGCUCUGCUGGGAAAGGAGGGGCGGGCAGCAAACUUUUCUCAGAGACACCGUCUGGGUUUUGUGUACCUGACGCUAAAUGGGGAAGAAGUCUUCUUCUUGAUCCAAAAGGUGCCCCAGAUAACACAGAAUAAUUGCACUUCCAGUAAUAGACUUGCAGCAUCUUCCGUCUUUCCUCCCUCCCCAUCCUGGCCACUUGUCACAUUGAUGGGCAUGUUGCUAGUACUUGUAUAACACUUAGCAAAUGGUUUUCGCUCCUCUCCUGGCAGUUGAUCUUCUGCUUUAGCGGUAGAUUUUAUGAUAGACAGAAAAGUUUCUUCUAGCGCCUACUUAAAAUGUGUUUAAUCACCAUUUGUCACAUUAUCAAAUGUACCCAGGGAGCCUGUGGGCGAUGUAGAGUGUUAGAAAUCUUCACAAUAAACGAGCCUGUCAGCAAGCAAUUUUUAGAGUUGAGACACAGGUCCACGUUUUUCUCUCUUAGGCACCGAGCAGAUGCUUUCCCAUGGGACUGCUGACGUCAUCCUGGAGGCCUGCACAGACUUCUGGGACGGUUCGGAUAUCUAUCCACUGUCUGGCUCUGACAGGUAGGCAACCUUCUCUGCGCAAGUGACCGGCUUCAGAAAACAAACUGCUGGAGAGAUUUAUGUUUGGGUAGCCUGCGAUGUAUGCUUUCUCCAAAGGUUGCUUAUGGCUGUGUGCAAGUCAUAGUUAUGGGGCUCUGUAUGCAGAGAUCUUCCUGCAGAGGAAGGUUUAGGCUGCCCACAGAUGAUGCCUUUUCAGAAAUCACGGAGGCAGCAUUGUAGAGCUUGUCAUUGGCCCUGAUACGCACUUGCACUCUUGGUGCCUCUAUCAGUUUGCGUCAAGUGGGUUUUUCAGAUUUUUGUAAUGUUUCAUGCUGCCCCUUGUUAAGCCCAAAGAAGCCUGCAAGAGCAUGACAAGUGCUGCUGCAAUACAGGUGUGCUUUGGGAUGAGCUAUGUAGUGGCCAGAGCAAGUAACCCAAGGUUCUUCCCCCACCAAUUCCUGGAACAAUUUAAAAUGCUUUGUGAUUACGUACACACACACACACACACACACACACACACUCACACUCACACUCUUACAUCACACAUAGAAUGCACAUCAAUGCAGAUUUUGUCUGUGUGCAUGUACAUCAUUUUACAAUUUAUUUUAAACAAGGAAAGAGAGAGAAGUGCAAACCAUUCAGGUGUUGUAAAGAACUUACAAAGUUUAGCCAAGAGACUAAAUGCAAGGUUACAUAAUCAAUAUCAGGUACAGGUAUAUACACACAUACAUAUAUACAUAUAUUUAGAAUGUAUAUCUAUGCAGCAGUGUGCAUUGCAAGCGUACACACACAACUGUCACAGAUGUGAAUGAAUUUUGAAUAUUGGCCGUGGGGAAACAAGUGCUGACCCAUGAGAAAUGUGGAAGGGGUUGAUGCACAAGGGCUGUGAACCAUUAGUAUCAAAGGAAAGAUGCUUCAAAAUACUUGAUAAGGAAUGAACAGAAGCCGCUUCCUUGCCUCGUCUCAGGUCCAGUAAAUUCUGCCCCUGAAAAGCAUGAGUUUGGGCAGUAGUUUUACUACCCAGGCAUGCGUUGCGUGCAGACGUUGAGACUAUUUUGUGCGUAACAUAUCUCUGGCGGCCUUUGUCAUUCUCUCUCUCUCUCUCUCUGCUCUCAGGAAGAAAGUGUUGGAUUUCUACCAACGUGCCUGUCUUUCGGGCUAUUGCUCCGCCUUCUCUUACAAGCCCAUGCACUGCGCCUUGUCCUCCCAGCUCAAUGGGAAGUGCAUAGAGCUAGUGCAGGUUCCCGGGCAGAGUGCCAUCUUCACGUCCUGUGAUCUCCCUGGGACGACGCCCAUCAAGCAGAGCAGCCGGAGGAACAGCUGGAGCUCCGAUGGUAGGUGCCUUGCCUCCGUUGCAGAUCCUUCCAUUAAUGCAUCUGGGGCGGUGCUCCACCAGCUUUGGUUUGUUGCUGGUUUUUUUUAUCUCAGGGCACUCUUCAAGUGACUCCGAGAUGGACACCUGGGAUACCACAAGGUUGCGGAAAAAUGACCUUAGGAGAGAAGUUUGAGGGCUGUAUCCAACUCCAUGUGAGAAGAGUUCCACUCUUGCAGUGGGAUUUUCCCCUUCCUCUCCUCUCCCCAUAUACUCCCCUGAUCUGCUCCUGAGUGUCCCCCAACCCUCUGGAGCACAUUUGAGGAUGCAACGGGGGCUGCAGGGGAAAGGGAAGUUCCAUUGCAUAAGUAGGCAUCUGCUGUGCAUGUGGCACAGCAGCUCUGGACACAACCCAUAGGAUUUAAAAACCCAGUUGUUGGGUGUAGAUGCUUUGAAUCAAACAAUUCAAAUGUGUUUUGCAGAAUGAUGUGACAUGGAAAGUAAAUCUGGUGAGACCCUUGUUCUGUCACAGUGCCUUCCAUGUGACGAUCACCAAGAAAAUGAAGAGAAAAAUAUCUUGUAAAUGGAGAACCUCCACUAAAUAAUUUACUUUUGAGCAAGCAAACGAAAAAGGGCGAAUCUUAAUAGUGUUGACUAUUAUUAAUCCAGUCUUCUUGGAAAUUUUCUUUUGGAGGUUAACUGUUUGAAAGAUUACGUUUUCUAUGUUUUAACGGUGAUCCUAGUAUGGAAAGCUCCACGACUGCAUAAACACCUCAUUGGCCUUGAUCUCCACAUCACAUCAGGAAUUCUCUGUUUCCUCAUUGUUCAAGGUCUCAACCUUGUCCCCAUCUGACCUGCCAAUUGCGGAAGAAUCCUGCUUGUCUAAAUUUUGACACAUUAUAUUCGGGUAGGCUGCCUUGUCAUCAGAAAAGAGGGCUCAUUUGAUCCAGCUUCUUCGGAUUGCCUUCUUUUCUUGCUGCUUAUUAGUUUCAGCCAGGCAAGCUCCUCUGAGUGUCCUUGAGCAGAUCAGUAAGGAUGAUUUCAGAUGCCCCGCCUGUCUAUUUGACAGACCACAGGCCGAAUCUUCCAGCCUUGACUUGCUUAUUCUCACUUAAUAUUGGUGCUUGUUGAGAAGAGGUGAUAGUUAGCCUUCCCAAUCCUACCUCUACCUUUCACCAAAUGGCAUAAAAAUGGGAAUUAAGAACAUGGUGACAUUCCUGUGUGCGUUCUGUUACUAGCUUUUAAUGCUGUGCUAUAGGUAACAAACCUCCUCUGUUCCUCAACUUGCCUCUUGUUUCCCAUCAUUUAUUGUCCUCUUGCAUGGACAAUAAUUAUUUGAGGGAUGGGUGGGGUGGGGUACACUAACAUACCUGAUUUAGAAAUAAAUAAAAAUGUUAGGCAACAUGUGAAUCUGUUCUUAGUCAACCCUACAUUUGCAAUGGAGGCUGACCUGCCCUGUUUCACAGGGAGUUGCAUAGCUUUUAAUAGAUGGGAAGUAUCAGCACAAAGACUAAAGGUUGACUCUGGGGAGAGAAUCUUAAGUCUGACAUAGGUAAAGAUAAAGGGACCCCUGACCAUUAGGUCCAGUCGCGGACGACUCUGGAGUUGCGGCGCUCAUCUCGCUUUACUGGCUGAGGGAGCCGGCAUACAGCUUCCGGGUCAUGUGGCCAGAAUGACUAAGCUGUUUCUGGAGAACCAGAGCAGCGCACAGAAACGCCAUUUACCUUCCCGUUGGAGUAGUACCUAUUUAUCUACUUGCACUUUGACGUGUUUUUGAACUGCUAGGUUGGCAGGAGCUGGGACUGAGCAACUGGAGCUCAGCCCGUCGCGGGGAUUUGAAUCACUAACCUUCUGAUCAGCAAGCCCUAGGCUCUGUGGUGUAGACCACAGCGCCACCCGUGUCCCUAAGUCUGACAUAAAGUGGUAGAAUUCUGAGCAGGCAGAAUGGACUGCAUCAUUUCUUCAGACUGCCAGUGGUGUGGGACACAUUUUUGAAGGCUCCCUUUAAGGAGGAGACUAACACAGUGGAGAGAGCGAUGGGCUCUCGAAUGCGACUGGGGCCCUCCAGAGGUUGCUGCACUGCGGCUCUCAUCAUCCUUGACCGGUAGCCAUGCUAGGCCUGAUGGGAGUUGUAGUCCAGACCCAUCUGGAGAGCUACAGGUCCCCCACCCCUGGGCUUUGGACGCAUUCUCCUAGAUGUGAUCACUUUUGUGUGUGAUGUCCUUCACCUGCAGUCUGAAGUGCUGCUCUUUGCUCCAAAGGGCAUGUCAGAAUGGCUCAAGUGGAGAUAUUAUGUCAAUGUUUAUUAUUACGGCAAACAGCCAGCACACCAAAACCAGAAUUUCUGCAUAAUUCUUUACAUAAAUGACAAAAACGGUCAGUAUGGGAUUUAACAGUGAAUAUACUAACUAAGUGGACUUGAAAUACGUUCAAUUGCAGAGAAUUCUACCACCUUGUCCUGCUGGCUCUGUAGACCAGGCCUUAAUGUGUUAAAAUGAUCCUCGUUGUUCUACAACAGGCAUAGGCAAACUCUGGCCCUCCAGAUGUUUGGGACUACAAUUCCCAUCAUCCCUAGCUAACAGGACCAGUGGUCAGGGAUGAUGGGAAUUGUAGUCCCAAACAUCUGGAGGGCCGGAGUUUGCCUAUGCCUGUUCUACAACAUAACUAUAUUAAGUAGAACACACCCUUUGUAUAGCUUUUACCGCUACCGCUUAGAAGUGAUGGGCAACUUUUUGUUUUCUCUCCCCCUGCGUUCUUGGUGUGUCUUUCUAUUUUAUGGGUAUGUCUCUGUUCUCCUGGGCCUAUUCCUCCUCUGUGUCUCUAUAUAUUUGGCAUUUCGGCCUGCCUCCACACACUUGCCUUUUCUUCACAUGCCCAAAGAAGGGAUUGGGGAAGCGAUGGAGAAGGAGGAUUGCAUCCAGGCUCUGAGUGGCCAGAUCUUCAUGGGAAUGGUCUCGUCCCAGUAUCAGGCCCGAUCAGAUGUCGUCCGCCUCAUUGAGGGACUUGUCAAUGCCUGCAUUCGUUUUGUCUACUUCUCCCUGGAAGAUGAGCUCAAGAGCAAGGUAGGCUUUCCCUUGACUUACUCUAUCACUUCUCAGUGUUCCUGCAACGGCCAUGCCAAAGGCACAGCCACCCCACUCAUCCUAGGGCUGGUUCAGAUUGCAAGAUUAUUCCUGGGUUUAUAUAUAUAUGUUUCUCCCACUUUGGCUAUGCUGCUACCAUAGUGCCUUUCCUCCACAGGUGUUUGCUGAGAAGAUGGGUCUGGAGACCGGCUGGAAUUGCCACAUAUCCCUGACACCCAAUGGAGAUGUGCCUGGUUCCGAAAUCCCUCCUUCCAGCCCCAGCCAUGCAGGCUCCUUGCGCGAUGAUCUACAGCAGGGUGAGCAAAUAGCCCUAAGGGGAACGGUGGCUGCAGUGCAAGUGUUUGUUCAAAGCAAAUCCAUCUGACGAUUGAACCAAACCCAUGAGAUUUACAGUCAGCAACACAGUCACUAUUACUAAAGCCAGGCCAAACUUUAGAAUAGCUGUUCUAUGGGACAGUCCCAGUUCGUUAAUUUCUCAAAGCCUUAAAGCCAGGGGCACCAAGGCUUUACAAAUAAUGUCAUAUACAGUACAGGCAUCCAACUGGUGAAAUUCUCCCCAUCUGGGUGGGGAAAGCUUUGCCUGUUGAAUUCCAUGUUGUUAUCAAAGGCAGAGGCUCCCUUCUUGGAAACAUUAAGACAAGCCUAGUUCUAUGCAGAAGCCGUGCCUCUUCUGUCCAAUUGGAUACCUGAGGUUUUUGCUGCAGCCCAUCACAUCUGUUUAGUUUUUUGUCAUCGCUGGGAUAUGGUUGUCUUGAUUUUCAGCCUUUCCACGUAGUACAUUCUUUUUGCGGUCUUUUCCAGCGCAGGAGGAAGGAGACAGACGCUUUAAAACUCAGCAAAGUUCUGAACUGAUACUGCCAGCUCUGGUUAGAUGAGUCAUUUUCAAAACACCUCUUAUUUUAGGAGAACCCAGAAAAUCCAAGCUUGCUUUUCCAGGCUGUCACAAAGCCACAUGAGGGGCGGGGGUGUGCCUUGUGUCGGCGUUUUGGUGUGAGCCUUCCAAGCCGUAACACUGCUUUCUUUCUCUGUCCUUGCCAGUUUCCCGAGAAGAUGCAGAGGGACUUCUGCUGAUGGAGGAGGAAGGACACUCCGACCUUAUUAGCUUUCAGCCAACCGACAGUGACAUCCCCAGCUUCCUGGAGGAUUGCAAUAGGGUGAGGCUGACAGCAGGACACCUUACUUAGGAACCCAAAGCGUUUGACUGUAUCUCCCAGCAAUGAACUUGAUGGCUGUUGUUGCUUCUCUAAACCUCUUGAGAGGCCGUUUACAGCUUAAUCAUAUCCAUGUCGACUUAGAAGUCUGUUCCAUUUAGGUCACUUACUUUCAGAUGAGUGUGUAUAGGAUUGCACCCUAACAGUCCGCUCCCUUAAAUCAUCCCUAAUUGAUUAAGCCUACAUAACAGGAGGCAGCAACUUUUUUUGUUUAAGGAUGCAGAGGUAGCUGCUGUGGUGAGGGCAUCCUUGCAGCUUACCAGGAGAGGGCUGGGGAGGAGGGCAAAGGUGAGGUUGAAGUUAGGGUGGAUGCAUUAGUGGGAGCCCUGCCAGUGCAUCCACACAAUCUCACCUUUCCUGCUGCCCUAGCCCUGUCCCAGGUAAGCUGAGGUGCUGCUAGUGUUGAGAGGGUGACUCUGUGGCUCUGCCCUGCAACACUGCCCACUGCUAAAAGAAUGCAAGCAGGACGAGUUAAGCUAGUGAAUUUAUCAGGGUACACUAAACUUGAGCAAGCAAGCUGGGGUCACACAUUGCAGGGGGUGUUUCAAAAUUGACAUGGUCUGUGAUGUGCUGGCACAUGUCUUUCUUUAGCAGAUCAUAAAACGGGGGGGGGGGGGGGAGGGAGUACAACACUGGGGAAAAUACCACAACAUUGAAAACAAUGCUUGCUUUCAAAAUAUUUCCCCCCCUAAAUUGCUGCCAUCUUCCUUAAAGCAAAAUGAAAGAUAAUGCAACUUAAACUUUGUAGGAGAAAAGUUAUUGAUUAGGAGAUAAAAUGGGCUUUUGGAUCUAUUGCUGAUGCUUCAGAAGAAGGGAAAAUGAUAGUUUAAGUACCAUGAACUGACAUGCCAGAAGAAUAGAGGUGGGGUGGGGUGGAUUAUUGGAGAGAGAAGUAAUACUAUCAUCUAUGAAGGCCAGGAUGCUACUUUGAAGUGUCUAGUUUCUCUACUUCAAACUGAUCUCUUUCAUUCAUCUUAGGAAUGCUCAUGGAAAGGGUUACAUUUAAUAUGCUUCAAUUCUCUCUUUUUUUAAAAUAUAAUUUUUAUUAACAGGCCAAUCAAAUAACAUUAAUUCCAAAUCACAUUAGUUCCAAAUUAUAAAGCCAAAUUUUUAAAGUUUUUGUUGGGGGUACCCAUACUUCAAGCUCCGAAAGGGAUCCAAACUUCGCUCUUGCUGCUGCUGCUUUAAUUAAACAGUUAUAUCCAGUUCUGUCCAGAUAGUCUCUUUGUUUUUUUCCUCAUCUUCUUGUUGUUAUCAUAUAUUCCUUUCUUUGUGAUCUCUGAUAAUAUUCACAAGCGGGUUACAAACAAACAUAUUCUGUGGGGGUUUUACACUCUCCAAUAGUCAUAUCACAUAAAGGACAGACGCCAUUUCCACAUCUCCGUAAAAAACAUUCCCACAGUCUGUCCGUUGAUUUCUACAGGCUUGCCAAUCUAUGUCUCAGGGGGACCUACCAGGUCAAGAUCACAUUCCGAUAACCAUACAUUCACAUUCCGAUGACCCUGGUCCUCCUCCCCCUUGUCCUCCGGCAAGCCUGUCUUAACGGAAGUCCAUUUUUAACUGCGUCAUAGAACUUUCUUUCCAUUUCCCGUUGUUUCCACCAGUCCUCUCUUUGAUCAGUAAUUCAUUUCCGCACAGUUCUUAGCUCCUGCUUGUGAUUAGUAAUUAGCAACGAUUCUUCUCUCUGGAGGGGAGGGUUAUUGGUACUCACAUAAGACAAAAUAAGAAAGGUUUUUUCCUCCCCCCUUUCUGUUUCACUCCAACAUACCAGUCUUUUAAUGAUGAUUCUUCACUUGAUUUAUUUGUCCAACCCGUCACUCCGCACGCAGAGAUCCCAUUAAUCAGCAGUCUUUACUCCCGAUCUUCACUUGAUGUAUGUGCAUUAGCUUCUUCCCAAUUAUAUAUUUCCAGUUAUAUGUUUCAUGCUAAUGCGAACCAGUGCGCGAUUAGAGACAGCGUCAGGGAGAGCCAACGUCACCUGAGGGCUUUGUGCCAAGUGUCCUCACCCCCUUCUUUCGAAUCCGGGGGUGAAUUAUGGACACAGCUGGCAAGGCAGUCCCCCCCAUUCCCUUGGGGGGGCAGGGAGGCUGCAUACUCCCCUCACAGCCUCUUAAUUACCCCGUGUGGGUCGGAGAGAUGUUAUUGUCGGCCAUAUUCCAAUGCGCCCCCUGGUGGCCCCCUAUGCUUCAAUUCUCAGUGGGAUUUGAACCUCUCAUCCACCUAGUUUGCAAAUCUCUCUUUCUCUCUUACUGGUGGUGUGUAAUCCUAAACUAGAGGCCUUCAAUAAGUAUUUAGUGUUGAGUGACCCACAGUAACUUUUUUCUGCCCAAUCAUUUAUACAUUUACCCAUAAAUUAUUCUGGCUGCCUUCAUUUUCCCUCGUAAAUCACAUUUAGGGCUGCAGAAUUUGCACUCUGAAGAUUACUUUCUAUAAGGAAUGGCUAGUCUAUGUAAUUUACACAAGGAAAAACCUUUCUCUUUCUGAGCUGUGUGAGCAGAGAAGUUCUUAAUCUGUUGUAAUUUGUAUUAUACACUGUAAUAUUUGGUGGUAACUAAUAGAUUUUUAAAAGAAAAAUUGUGCUCUUAAUCUGGUUUUGCUCUCCUGCUGUUUGCACACUCACUAUUUGAAAUUUCACUUACCCACCCAAGCCUUGCUAUACGCUUCACAGAUUCCCUUAUCCAAAGAGCUGGCUUCCUUCCUUUUUUUUGAGCUUUGCUGGUUGGUGGCCGCCAUUUUGUCUCUCUUUUGCUGAUUGGCUGCAGCCAUUUGAGGGGAAAACCACAGAGAAAUGGGUGAUUUCCUGGGAACGCAUUGUGUUCGUAAAGUGAGACUUGUGUGUAGUUAUGUUGCUGGCUGUGUAACAUCUGGGAAGGGCAGAGUGUAGCUUGUUUGGGCGGAUUAAGAGCAAGUUAGUGGUUGAUGGCAAUGAAAAUCUUUCUGGCAAAUGUCAGUUUGCACUUCCUCCUAACAUAGCCCAAUUUAUCCGGCAAUGAACAGGGGUUAGAGCAAUCUCAUUGCUCUGCCUUAUCACUCCAGCUGCGGGGAAUCUGAUUCAUCCUGAGCUUGUUGUUAGCCUUCACCCUCGUCUACCGUCUCCUUGGCUUGUUUAAUUGCCGCUUCUUUCACUCCAGGCCAAACUGCCACGUGGAAUCCACCAGGUGAGGCCCCACCUGCAGAAUAUUGACAACGUGCCUUUGCUUGUUCCUCUGUUUACAGAUUGCACCCCAGAAAGUAAGUGGAUCUCAGGCUAGUGGAUUCUUUGUCGCUGAGAUGGGGAGAUCCGGGUGGAAACUAAGAGGGUGUCAACACACUUAACCCCUUUCCUGGUUCUCUUGCAGCCAUGUGUGAGAUGAUUAAGAUCAUGCAGGAAUACGGGGAGGUCACUUGCUGCCUCGGCAGCUCUGCCAACUUGCGCAACAACUGCCUUUUCCUUCAGAGCGACAUCAGGUAAGAUCAGGGGUCAGCAGACUUUUACAGCAGGGGGCCGGUCCAUUGUCCCUCAGACCUUGUGGGGGGCCGGACUAUAUAUUGAAAAAAAUAAUAAUGAACGAAUACCUAUGCCCCACAAAAAAUCCAGAGAUGCAUUUUAAAUAAAAGCACACAUUCUACUCAUGUAAAAACAUGCUGAUUCCUGGACCAUCCAUGGACCGGAUUUAGAAGGCGAUUGGGCCAGAUCUGGCCCCCGGGCCUUAGUUUGCCUACACAUGGGUAAGAUCAAGGGUCAGCAAACUUUUUCAGCAGGGGGCCGGUCCACUGUCCCUCAGACCUUGUGGGGGGCCGGACUAUAUUUUGAAAAAAUAAUAAUGAACGAAUUCCUAUGCCCCACAAAUAACCCAGAGAUGUGUUUUAAAUAAAAGCAUACAUUCUACUCAUGUAAAAACACCAGGCAGGCCCCACAAAUAACCCAGAGAUACAUUUUAAAUAAAAGGACACAUUCUACUCAUGUAAAAACACACUGAUUCCCAGACCGUCCACGGGCCAGAUUGAGAAGGCGAUUGGGCCGGAUCCAGCCCCUGGGCCUUAGUUUGCCUACCCAUGGGUCAGAUGCACCCAGACUCUGGGUUUCUGGCUUUGAGAAGCUCAGUCUGUCCUCAUUCAUACCACUCCUUCAUCCUGAUUCCAUUUCUGUGUUGACUUUCUUUGUUUUCUUCCAUUGCAUCCCCAUACAGAGUCCCAGGGAGACCUGAAAAGCACUCCUCUUUUUCUUUCCUUUGCCCUGGGUACAAAACUACCGCUAUCUGAUACCUCCCUGCAAUACCUUUAAGCAGACCAAUGUGGAGGAAGUACCUUUUAUGCCACAUCAGGGCUUUUGACAAAACUGCUUAGAACAAAUCCCACGCUGAGCCUGUUGUUGUCUGAAAUAGUUGCAUAAGGAACAUCUGUUCCAACAGCAACCUUUGCCACAGAGUUGCUUGGAAAGGAUGUUCUGCCUACAACUAUUUUGCAAAAUGCAUGGCUCAGUGUUGGACUUGGUGGCAUCGUUCGGAUCUCUGAUGUGGGCAUAUGAGAACCUUCCUCCAUACUGGUGGCUCUUGGUCUCCUAAAAAGAAUGGGGAUUACAAUCCCACUCUCCUUGACUGUUGGCCCCGCUGUCUGGAGUUGGGACCCCAACUAUCUGGAAGGCCACAGUCUCCUCACCUCGUCCUCAAAGGUAUAAAAUCUUCUGCUCUUCUGGCAAAGCAGGAAUGGGAGAGAAGCAGAGAGGAAAGCAGGUCAGAGCAGGUGCAGCAAUCAAUUUAGAUAAAGGCAAAGGAGACCAUUUUGAGCCCUCAAGCUGUUAUUGCUUUAUUCAUCCAUCAAGCUUGUUCUGUUAAAAGCACCCUUCUGAAAAUCAAAGGGUUUUAAAUGAAUGACGCAGAGUUUGUUUGAAGAAAUAGAGAUGGGAAAUAUUUGUGGGAAUUAUUUUGGUGGCAGGGAGGCUGGAUGCUUAGCCCAGUCUCACACCUCCCCCUCCCUCAAAUAUCAAAGAAGGCUUAUGAUUCAGAGAUGCUCUUGCUGCUCCUUCGGCCCUCACUGUUCCGUCUUGCCCUUGCUCCUGUACUUGGUAAAGUGCAAACCUUUACAUGCUGGGCCAAGUAUCCUCAAAGCUGCUUUUUAAACAAGGGAGUUUUGUAAAAGCAGGUUUCCUUUACCAUGGCUUUUAUGCUGAUCUAUUUUUUUCUUGGUUUUAGCUGAUUUUAUUUGAUUCUGUGACGUGUGCUAUAUAUUAUCUGUAAGCUGCCUCAAAUUAAUUUUGGAAAGGUGGGGUAUACAUUUACCAGAUAAAGUAAUAAAAGGAUCAGGCUACAAUGCUCCUUACUGCUGACUGAGUAGACCCCUAUUUUCCUAGCAGUUCUUUUGUUAUGAUCUAUGAUCAGAGUUCUUUAUUCAGUCCAAUCUGUUCUGAUUUCCUGUCUCAGGACACUUCCCUGCAGAGCUGGUGGCCUUGCUGUGGAUGGUCCGAAAGGAAUCUGCAGCCCCACUAGUUCACUUUUUAAAAAGCAUCAAUAUUGUUGGACACCUCUGUAUUUUAGAUCAGUUUUGUAACCCCGAGGUGUUUGGCUGGGUGCACCUGGCUUAUUACUCCCCAUUAUGUUUUCCUCUAACCUGUGUAGUAUUGUCUGUGCAGCAUAGCCCUGGAUCCCCUUUACCCCUCUCGCUGCUCCUGGGAGACGUUUGGGUACGCCACCAGCACUAACAUGACCCGUAUCUCCGAUGAGCUCACGCCUCUCCAGCUGUCUGGCCAGCUGAACAGCCUAUCGUGCUCCCUGACUAUUUAUCCGGAAGAAACCAUUGGGCUCAUCAGACUUAUAGAACAGGUAAGCCCCCUUUCUUUUGAGCUGGUAGUAACACAGUUGUGACAAUCUCCAUCAUUUAAAUAUAACAUUUUAGCAUCUGUUUGGGCUUCCAGACUUAAUAAAAUAACUGUUCCAUCCUUAUUUUUCUUCUUGAUGCAGAGAAGCUAUUUGGCAGGACAGAACGUUCCAGCCUGUUUUCUUUCCUUUUAAAAGAAAACCUAAUUGAAGCUUUCAGUUUUGAUCCAUAUUUUUAAAAGUGGAUCUGUUUACUGCACUCAUCCUUGGCAAUCUAUUUACUCAUACCUUGCAUACUAUCCAUUUUAUAUAUGCUUUCUUUUAGGCCCGGCAUGCAACUUACGGUAUUCGCAAAUGCUUCCUCUUCCUUCUCCAGUGUCAGCUGACUCUGGUCAUAAUCCAGGUGAGUUAUUCUGAAUGGCAUCAGGAAGCAGAAAGGACUGAUUGCCUUGCAAAUCAUCUAAGAGGAGGAGAGACCCAAAGGAAGCUGCUUACGUUGGAUAUUUGCUAGCAGUAUUCAUUAUCCUUGUGUCGUGGAAGGCUGCCCUGAUUCUGGCUGAGGUCCAAAGCGUACAAUGGAGCAUCUUGUAAUCGUAAAUAUUUGGUCCCCAAAUUCUUCAUUUGGAAUAGUAUAUGCGUGGAAGGCAAAGUGUACUAGCUUUUCUAAUUUUGUUCUGGUUUUCAAAAUAAAGGAUUUUUUGAGAGUGUUUUCUCUCCAAGCACUUAGCAGAGGCUAGCCACACACAGUUCUUCACCUCCCAAAACAGAACUUCCUAUCAUGUCUUCAGGUACAAGGCCUGGAAGAGUUAUGUUAAAAUAAGCAGAAUGUUUCAUUAAAAAAAGAAAAAGAAAAUGAAAAGCAGUACAGUGCUGCCCAGGCAACGGAAUCCUGUGCACCACAUUCUGUGUGUAGCGGCAACUGCUGGCUCCUUAAUUGGUUGGUUUUUGCAUGUUCCUUGUUGCCAUGGCACCCAAGGUGGUGUACUAAAAUGAACAAAUAUGCAAAAUUGUUGAACAAACGAGUUCUUUCACGGUCCCUUUGGGAUCCAAUGGAAUGAGCUCCCUGCUCUGGACUCCCUCUCCUUCUUAGUCGCCAUCUUGUUUUUACAAGAUGGGUGUGAUGACUUGCUGGUGGGUGCCCUUCGGUCUUCUGAUCCUUCCGCUGAUGGUGCCUUUUGCUGUCUUUUGCUUAGUUCCUUUCUUGCCUGGGGCAGCUGCCCCCCAUUCUCAGUACCACCGACAUUUUGUGGCUUUCCUGCUUCUGCUACCCGUUGCUAAGGUGAGUAAGGUUUCUCGCUGUGAUUCACAAGCAUGCUCUACUUUGGGGAUGCUCGCAGGAGCUCCACUUCUUUCCUAAGAUAAAAUGGGGCCACACGGGGGACGGGCACCUGGUUUUCAUGUUCUGGCCACCACGUUGGAGCCCAUGUGGAGUCCAUAAUGCCUAUAUGGAUCAGCCUUCAUGGUGUGGAGAGUUGGCUACGCUAGUGCUGUUCGUCUCUGCUAGUGCUGGCCUGUAGAUUCUCUCUCUGCAAAAAAGAUGUGCUGAGUUGCUUUUGUCCAUUACAGCCCACAGAUAAUGUUGUACUUCAGCUACCAUUGGCCCCAGCCAGCAUGCCCAAUGGUCAGCAAUAUUGGGAGUUAACAGACGUUUCCAGAGGCCCACAGGUUUCCUUUAUCCCAGCUGCAAGGCUUAAAUCUGCUGUUCUUUUCACUAGUUGAGCAGGAACUGUGCUGGGCCUCUGACUUCUGCUGUCUUUUGGGUAUGGAGGCAAUAAACAAGCGAGCGAGGGGAGGCCUGUUGUGACCUGGUUAACUGUGAACUGGCUUGAAGUGACUUGACAGUGCAGGAAGGAACUGUGUGAAAAGGGCCUCCCCAUUAGCUGGCAACAACAACAACAACAACAACAACAACAAAAUUAUUUAUUUAUACCCUGCCCAUCUGGCUGAGCUUCCCCAGCCAUUUUGGGCGGCUCCCAAACGAGUAUUAAAAACACAAUACAGCAUUAAACACAAUACAGCAUUAUGGGGGUUUCAUGUGAGUAGUCUCAGCAGGUUCCGUUGUGGUUCUGCUCUAAUAUCUAGGCUAAUUCUAGUUUUGUUUCCUCUUCCAAGUGUGUCCCUCCUGGGCAAGCCUCCUCACAGUUCCAUCAUGUCCAUGGCAACUGGGAAGAACCUGACCUCCAUUCCUAAAAAGGUAAGAAAAGGUUACGAUGGGGUAGGCAUUUGCUAGGGUCCGCGUGUGGCAACGCCGGAAGGUGUGAAAGUAAUGUUCUUACCAGCUGCCGACACAUGACACCCCAGUGAUUGCAAUGCUGCAGACCUUGCUAGCAUUAGCUUAGCUAAAUGUUUAGCAUGCUGGAGUCUGGCCUCUACAUCAGGGAUCAGCAUCUUGACAAACAGAUGACUUUGGGAAGCCCAAUAGCAGGAUCAGAGCUCAACACAGCACUCUGCCCCCCCUGUGAUUCCCAGUCCACUGGAAUACAGACAUAUGCUGCUUCCUCCAACAGCAGUUCUGGUGUGAGAGAACAAGUCCUGAUUUUCAAUCUCGCUCGCACUCUUACUUGCUGCUGAAGUAAGAACAAACCUAUUUGGUUCAAGGCAGAGCCUGUGCCUCAUGCCUGGGCCAGAGCUUCCUUCCUCACAUCUCCUGAGGUUGGUUAUCCCUGUUCCUUUAUCGAGAGAAGGUGGGUUUCAAAGGAACGUGCCUUCGAGAGAAGUGGGCCAGUAGGUGGGAGAAGGGGAGCGUAAUAUGGAGCAUACAGGUUCUUCAUUGGUUUAAGGUUUCUGUUGUGAGCCAUAGGCUGAAACAAGAUGUUAUGGGGUGGGGACAUGUGGUUGCUACUGAACAAAGUCAGGGAGUCCCUUUUAGAAUGAUCAAUCCUUGGAGAUAGUUCAGAAUGGUUUUCUGACGGCUCUGGACAAAUUCUCUUCCGGCACUGUUUUUGGUUGUCUUGAUAUACUGGUUGAUCUAUGAAACUUGGGAGAUGACCAGCUUGAUUGAUGCCAUCCCUCCCAAGCAUCUCCUCCCAUCUAGUAGAGACUGUCUGGCUCUGCCCACCCCCUUAAUUGUUAGCAGGAUGUGUGUGUGCCUGCGAGGCAUGUUUGUGAGGCUGUAGUAUGUUUGUUUGUGUGUGUGUAUGGUACGCUGGUGGCGCUGUGGGUUAAACCACAGAGCCUAGGGCUUGCCAAUCAGAAGGUUGGCGGUUCGAAUCCCCGCAACGGGGUGAGCUCCCGUUGCUCCAUCCCUGCUCCUGCCAACCUAGCAGUUUGAAAGCACAUCAAAGUGCAAGUAGAUAAAUAGGUACCGCUCCAGUGGGAAGGUAAACGGUGUUUCCGUGUGCUGCUCUGGUUCGCCAGAAGUGGCUUAGUCAUGCCGGCCACAUGACCUGGAAGCUGUACGCCGGCUCCCUCGGCCAAUAAAGCGAGAUGAGCGCCGCAACCCCAAAGGCGGUCACGACUGGACCUAAUGGUCAGGGGUCCCUUUACCCUUUACCUUAUGGUGCCCAUCAAGGUUACUCAGCUUUCCAAAUGUGCCCACUGGUCCCAAAAGGAUCUCUGAUGAUUCUUUCUGGCUCUCUCAGUAGCAGGAGCCCCUUGCAGGGAGAGGGCUAGGCCAGGGUAUCAUCCUUUGGUGCCUCCACUUGUUCCUGGGAGGUUGUUAACAACAACAACAACAACAACAACAACAAUUGCAGUAUUAUUUAUUAUUUCUACUCCAACCAUCUGGCUGGGUUUCCCCAGCCACUCUGGACGGCUUUCAACAGAACAUUAAAAACAAAAUAAAGCUUCAGACAUUAAAAACUUCUCUAAACAGGGCCCCAGUGGGUGGUGCAUGGCUUUUUCUGCCCCGGAGUUGUUGGGUUUAUUUUUAAUGAUGGUUAUGAUGAUUCAUCUCCAGUCUUCCUCUUUCUCUUGGAAUACCCGUAUUCCUCAUUUGGUUAUAUUUAUAAUGCAACAGUCCCUGUAGUCCUGCAAAACAGUAGAAGUUCCUUGGGAGGGAGGUGUGGGUUGAAGAGUUGAGCCACCAGCUGCCACACACCCCAGUGACCAUCCAGUUUGGGCCUGAGGAGCAGCCCUGGAGGAGUCUCCCGGGGGGGGGGGUGCUCACCCGACCCUCUUCCGCAAGACUGCAGCUGGUAAGCCUGAGGCUUGGGCAGGAGCCGUGGCACCCAAGGCCUGGCCUCCCAUUCUUGUAAGUCACUCCUGCCUUCCCGACAAUGUCUUGCAGACUCAGCAAUACUUCCUGUUCUGCUUCCUGCUGAAAUUCAGCCUCACCAUCUGCACCUGCUUGGUUUGCUUUGGCUACAUGCUGCAGGAUUACUGUGCGACCUUCAACUCCUCUGCCUUCAAUGUGAAUGUCACGGGCUGCUCCUCCAUCAUGCUGCACAGGUUAGCGGGUGCUCAGGGUCCAGCUCUCACUGAAGUUCCCAAAUGCAGUGGUGUCCACCCAGAGGAAGUGUGUGUUGGGAUGGUUUUAGCACAGCUUCUUUUAAGGUUUCGUUUGUGGGUGGCACAGUUUGGAUUAUGUAGACUAUGUUGUUUAUAUAAUCAUAAAGUUGGAAGGGGACCCCCAAGGACCAUCUAGUCCAACCCCCUGCAAUGCAGGGAUCUCAACUAAAGCAUUCAUGACAGAUUGUUGUUUCUAGUAGCUUUUCCAAAGAUGGGUCUAGAAGAGUGGAAAGGCAUGGAAUACAGGCUUGUGCUACGUUGCCUCUACUCUCAGGUUUCCCUAUGCUGAUAAGGACUAGAGACUUAGUUUCUUUAAAAAAACCUAAGGCUAUGUUUUACACACACACACACACACACACACACACACACACACACGCACUAAAUUCAAGAAAGGUCACAAAGAAAUUAAACAAAGCAAUAUAAAGUAGUUAAAACGGCAAAGCCGAAAAGAAAACAGCAAUGGAAGUAUUAAGAAGUCUUAAAACACCAACUCUGUGUUUUAUUAAUCGCCCCAUAAAUCACCACCUCAAGGUGAUUUAAAAACAGUUUAAAAUGCAAAAGCAACAAAUACAGCUGGGGAAAGCCUGUGUGGUGGGGGAACAAUUCGGUGGUAACAAUUCAACAACGAUUUAAGAUAAUUCCAGAUACCUUUUGAAAGGCCACUUUUGGCUUGGGAAUCCAGUGGAAGAGGUUGCAUUGUGUGACUAACAGAGCCCGCGGGAUCUUAGGAUUAGCUCACGAGUCCCUCUGAAAUCCAGUCUCUUCAAAUGGGGUUUGUUGAUGCCUUGAACCGUGAUCCACCGCCCCUACGUUUGCUUUUUCAGUAGUGCAGAAAGCUCCCCCGACUGGUUUGGAAAAUUUUCCAGCAUCCUUCUUCUGGCCCAGAAGUUCACUGCUGGGAUGAUUGUCUUACAUACUGGUAAGAGAUUUCCAUUCCUCCUUGCUUGCUGUACUGAAGGGGUGGAGGGGGGCUUGCAGCUUGCCAUGGCAUGCAUGCAGCAGGGGUCAGGAGUUUUAUCGAUGUCCCAGCUGAAGGCAGAUGUAAAACCAAACAUCUUGACUCUCUGGCCAGUUUGAUCAGUUGGCUUAGUCUUCCCCAACCCUUGGCUGUUUAACUGCAUAAAAACAGGCAGGACGAUUUCAGAAGGGGCGCUAGAUAAUUGUGUGGAGAGGGUGUGGAGUCAGGGGCUGCCAGUCAAUGGUAGACUAUCCUGGGUUUUGGAAACAUCGCUGCUUUCUUCUUUUCUUUUUGCUGAAAGCCCAGCAAGGUUACCUUGUGAUUGGCUUUCUUGGAUGAUGAGCUUCAAAAACCACCACACUCUCGGGGAUUUGUGCCCUCUGUAUCUCUGGCAAGUCCACACAUUAAAAAAAACAAAAACCUGUUGGUAUUUCUUUACAGUGUUUAUCUCUGUCACCCACGUCCAUCGUACCAAACCACUGUGGAAGAAAAGCCCCUUCACUAACUUCUGGUGGACUCUGACAGUUGUCAUUGUGUGAGUAUCCUUUUCUGAUUCCUCUAGGUGACUCUCUUCCCCCCUGUCUUUAUCUCAAAUUAUUCCAUCUUCUGCUGUCCAUUCUUCUCUUGAAGCAUCAGUCUUUUUUCUUCUUCUGUGUGCAUUUCUGCAGUGCUAUGUCUUUCUGGCUCUUGACAUCAAAUUCUUCCUUCCCAUAGCCUCGGAUAUCAUCACGUCCCUCUCUCUGGCUUGGCUGUUAUGCCAUGAGGCUGUCAUCACCCCACUCCAAACUUCUAAAAUGUUCAUCCAGGAAAAGCGACUUCUUUGGAGAUGCUGCCCACUUGGGUAUGCCUGUCCCCAUGAUGCUGUGUUUUCUGUGGAGGCUGUUCACUACCUUAGGAGAUCCUUUCCCCAUUGGCAGGUUGUACUCUGGUUGCUGGUGGAAGAGGAUGCAGAGUGGAGGAGAGAGCCCUGGGACAGAAGGCUGGACGUGCCCCUUCUAUGUUUUUCCAAGUCUUGCUUUGUUUUUAAUGGCAGGCUGCUGGGCCAAGUCAUCCAGACUCUCCUGGACCUGAAGCUCUGGGUGAACCUCGAGUCUCCAGUGACCUACAAAAUGGAUGACAUUCCCAUGGCCUCCUGGCUGUUGGGUUUGCUCUCUCUUAUCCUUGUUGUGAUCAUCAAUGAGACUGUCAAACUCCAUGAAAUCAGGUAAGGGAGCCUUGCCAUGAGGUCUUGCUUAAAGGUAAAGGUAAAGGGACCCCUGACCAUUAGGUCCAGUCGUGGCUGACUCUGGGGUUGUGGUGUUCAUCUCGCUUUACUGGCCGAGAGAGCCGGCGUGCAGCUUCUGGGUCAUGUGGCCAGCAUGACUAAGCCGCUUCUGGCAAACCAGAGCAGUGCACGGAAACGCUGUUUACCUUCCUGCCGGAGUGGUACCUAUUUAUCUACUUGCACUUUGACGUGCUUUCGAACUGCUAGGUUGGCAGGAGCAAGGACUGAGCAACGGGAGCUCACCCUGUCGCAGGGAUUCGAACCGCCAACCUUCUGAACGGCAAGUCCUAGGCUGUGUGGUUUAACCCACAGCACCACCCGCGUCCCAAGGUCUUGCUUAGCACUCUCCAUAAGAAGUUCCCAAAGUUCUCCUAGUGUUUUGCAUGACAUGGUCUUGAUAAUCCUUGCUACAACUUUGUAAGGCUGGCCUGCCAGCCAGUAUUAUUUCCAUGUUACAGAUGGAGCGUAGUGGGCUGGAGAGAGGGAGGGAGAGGCAUGGCUAAGGCCAGCUAGCAAGUUCAUGGCCAAGGUUAGAUAUGAACCAGAACUGCCCAGCUGACAAUUAUCUCAAGUGCCUUACGCUAUACCAGCUGUUGGGUGCUUUUAGGCCAUGCUGGCAUUUUGAAGUUGAUGUGAGAACCACUCCUGCUCCCCAAGAAGGAAUGAUAAGCAAGAGAACCCCAUACUUGCAUCUCCUCCAAGGUGCUAUCUAUGAUCACAUCACACCUGCAGGGUAAUAACAGGCCAGUGAAAGAUGAAUGCAGCCAUGCUGCUUGCUGUGUGAGUGGGUCAUGUUGAAGCAUCUCUUAGCUACAUCCUCUAGGUUGGAAGACUGCCACUAAGGACAAGGCAGACAUUGCUGGGUCAAAUCACAAGGUCACCCUAGUCCAGCAAUGCCAUUUUCAACACAGUGAACCAAGUGACUCUGCAAACCCACAAUUGAGGUGUGGGGUGACGACGCUCUAUGGGUUUGCUACCCUCCCUUUCUCCAUUUAUUUUAAUAUCCAAAGGCCCUGAUGAAACCCCUUCACCUUCAGGGCCCCUCUGCCAAUGGGAGCUGAGCAAGUCAUAGAUGACAUCCUGUUCCGCAGCUGAGUUAACUGUUCCUGUGCUGUGCAGCAAACUUCCUGGUAUCUAAAUUAGGGUUCCUGGAAGGAUAAAAUUGCUACCUGACAUCUCUCUGACCCGUCCCCUUGAUAUGCUGUUGUCUUGGCAACAGGGAAAUACGCAUUGAACUGCCUGUUUUUCUGGCUGCCUCCCAAAAUGGUUUGGGGGCACUAUAAAAUGUCAGUAGCUGGGUCAAGCAAGGGCAGGAUACUCACAGUAGCCAUCUCCUCUGGUCUGUCUUUGGCAUUUGCCCUUGGGAGAUUCCCUCUGAUCACGGAGGCGCUGUUCUUAACCGUUGUAGGCAAUGGCUGCAUGCUGCCCCACUGCUCUCCUUGGAAGCAUGAGAGUCUUUUAAUUCGCAGGAUAUUUAUUUGAGGGGGAGGAGAGAGAGAGCGGUUUUACAGCUGUCAUCACAUCGGCACCCAAAUGAGCCCAAACUGGGUAAAAAAAGCAUUCUGCAACCUGACUUUACCUGAUUAAAAUCUUACAAAAAAAGAAGCAGGUUGGUUCAUUUUGUAGAUCUCGUUUCCCAUGCUGUGUUGCAAAUGAGGCUGGCAGCUAGAAGAAACAUUUUAAGGCAUUUUUUAAAUGAAGGUGGGAAGGGGAGAACAGGCCUAGGUUUCUUAUUCUGCAGCCAUAGGUGUCUCCACCCCCCAAAUGCUUUGGCUGCAGCCCCAUUGGGAUUGAGCCCCUUUGAAAUUGGUGGGAUCUACUCCUAACUUAAAAGUAGGUGUAGUUGUAUUGCAGGGGGUUGGACUAGAUGACCCUUGUGGUCCCAACUCUACAAUUCUUUGAUUCCAUGAUUCAUUCAUUCUCUCUCUCUUCCCAGGGUUCGUGUACGUUACCAGAAGAGGCAGAAGCUGCAGUUUGAAACCAAGCUGGGCAUGAAUUCUCCAUUUUAA